GGCGGAAGCGAGGGGCGGGAUUUCCCUUUCCGGGUACGGGUCCCCAGGCGGAGAGAGAAAGAGGGAGAGGGAGAAGGGGGGGAGGGAGAGGAAGGCGAAGCGAGAUUGAGCCCCCGGGCGCUGGACGGAGGAGAGGCUGAGUGAGUGAGCGGCCGGCAGGAGCUGCCGGGCGGGGGGAGGCCCAGGAGGAAGGAGGAGGCCCAGGAGGAAGGAGGAGGCCGAGGCGGCGGCGGGAGGAGGCCUGGGCCGAGGCGGCGGCGGCGGCGCGCGCGUCAUGGCGGAGCUGGCUCUGGGGCCGAGCGCGGCACCCGCGGGGGCGGGGAAGAGCGAGGGCUUCGUCGACGCGCUGCACCGCGUCCGCCAGGUAAGAGCGGGUGGGUGGGGGCGAAGGCCGCAUGGCAGACGGCGAGGAGGGCCCGGCCUGGCCCCUCGCUUCGCCUCGGCCUUGGCAGCAGGAGGAGGCAGCAUAUGGAGAAGUGGGGAAGGGUAGCCCCUCGGGCCUCCUCCUGGGGGGUGUGGGAGGCAGGGAGGCCGGCACGGGGAGGCGUUUCUGGUCCUUUCCAGGGGUCUGCCCCGAACUGCAUCCCAUCCAGGGGCCAUAGCGUGGCGCGCGAGACAACUUCCCGAGUUCUCUGGCGUGGGUCGAACUCAGUGUUGCCUGCACUGGCAGGCAGAGGCUGUCCAGCGUUUCAGGCGGAUUGGUGUGUGUGUGUUGGGGGGAACCUCGACGGUCCUGUGUAAAGGAAACGUUCCUAGCACUGAACUGUGGCCGCUUUUCCCAAACGAGGCAGACUGCGUUGCCUACACUGGCAGGCAGUGGCUCUUAAGGGCUUUCAGGCAGGGACCUUUCGCAAUCCCACCUGGAGAUGUGGGCAUGGGGGAAUGGACUUGGAGCCACCAAGCCACAGUUCUGUCUCUUAAAGAGGAAAGCAAGGCUCUAGCCCUUGUGGUUCUGAAUAAAGGGAUGAGUUAAGUGGGGGCAUGAGAAAGCUGUCUUAUACCAUGUAAGAACGUUGUCCUGUUUAGCUUAGUGGGCUGGGAUGGGGUAGGUAGGCUAAGCCAGGCCAGGAGGAGGAGUAGGCAUAUGGAAGGUGGGCCCAUCAUAACUCCUCCUGGGAGAAGGGAUGCCAUUGUGGGAAAGGGUGUGUGUCAAGUGUGGGGAUACAUUUUUCUCCAUGGGACACAAUGAGGCAUAAGGUAACUUCCUGAGUUGGAACAUUGGAGUUUGUUUAUCUCAGUGCUGUCUACACUGAUAGGCAGCAGCUUUCAGCUGUGGUCUUUUCCCAGCUGUGGCUGGAGAUGCUUCUGAAGAUUGAACCUGGGGCCUUCUGCAUGCAACCGAGUUACAACCAUUCCCCAUAAUAUAGGAACACAGGAAGCUGCCUUACAGUAAGAUUAUUAGGGUCUGUCUAGCUCAUUGUUAGGGACGCGGGUGGCGCUGUGGGUUAAACCACAGAGCCUAGGACUUGCUGAUCAGAAGGUUGGCGGUUCAAAUCCCCGCGAUGGGUUGAGCUCCCGUUGCUUGGUCCCUGUUCCUGCCAACCUAGCAGUUCGAAAGCACAUCAAGCGCAAGUAGAUAAAUAGGUACCGCUCUGGCGGGAAGGUAAACAGUGUUUCCGUGCGCUGCUCUGGUUCGCCAGAAGCGGCUUAGUCAUGCUGGCCACAUGACCCGGAAGCUGUACACCGGCUCCCUUGGCCAGUAAAGCGAGAUGAGCGCCGCAACCUCAGAGUCGGCCACGACUGGACCUAAUGGUCAGGGGUCCCCUUUACCUUUACUAGCUCAUUGUUGGAUAGCGUUGUCUGCACUGACAGGCAGUGGCUCUCCAGGAUUUCAGACAGGGAGCAAUUCCAAGCCCUACUUGGAGAUGCUGCAGGGAAUUGAACCUGAGACUUUUAAGCAUAUGUUUAAACACUGUGCUGUGACCUUACUCCUAAAAAUGAACUAAGAUUCCAGACCUCAUGGUUCUGAAAUAAAAGCUGAUUUGAAUAGGGACUUACAGAGCUGCCUUAUACUGAAUCAGACUGUUGGUCCAUCAAGCUCAGAAGGCUGGUCUGGGGCAGGCCUGGACGAGGCAUAUGGGAGAAGGAAGAGGUCACCUGUCAUGCUUCCUUUUGCGAGAUGGGAGACCAGUGUGGGAAAGGGUGACAUAUAUUAAUGCUGUGUGUCAGGUGUGGAGAAGCCUUUUGGGUUUGUGACCAAACUGUAUAGGAAUAGGGUCAUGGUUUUAAAACUGGGAACAUAGGAAGAUAUGCCUUAUAUUGAGAAAGAGUAUUGUGAUCUGUCUUAACUCAGUAAUGCCUACACUGACUGGUAGAGGCUCUCCAGGGUUUCAGGCAGGGGAGAGUUCCCAGCCCUACCUGGAGAUGCUGCUUUGGUUGAGCCUGGAGUCUUGUGCAUGUAUACUUUGUCACUGAGCCAUGGUCCCUUUCUCUAAAAAGAGUUAAACCCUUGGUCCGUCCAGCUCAGUAUUGUCACAAUGACUGGCAGCCGUUUCCCAGGGUGUUGGGUAGGGAGUAUUUCUCAGUCCUACUUGGAGAUGUUGAGGAUUGAACCUGGGACCUUUAAAGCACGUGCUUUAAUGAUGAACUUUAGGGGCCCUUCCCCUAAAGUUACAGCAAGGUUCCAGUCCUCAGGGUUUUGAAUUAAAUAGGGAGCUGCCUUGUACUGAGUCAGACUUUUGGGGUUUAUCUAACCUGGUAUUUUUUACAUAGACUAGCUGCAGCUCUCCAGGUUUUCAAGUUAAGAAUCCAAGAAGAGCCCAGCUGUGGGUCUCUUUGACCUAGGAUGUUAUAGCCUGCCUAAGUGGCCUUCGGCACCUGAGGUGUGUUUUGGGUGCUCACCCCAUUACUGUGAUUGUAAUAUUGUUUACAAUUUAAUUGUUUUUAAUUCUAGUUUUUAAAUUGUUUGAACCAAUCCUGGGACCUGCUGGUGAAGGAUUGGUAGUAAGUUUAACUACAAUUUAUUGAUAAUAAUACUCGAAGCAGACUCAUUGAAAUAAGUCAACUUCAAGCUACUCAUGCCAAAUCAUUUUCAGUGUGUCUAACCCUGAGUAUAAUUAAUGUUGGCCACACAUACCCAUGCUAGAAAUUCACCAGGUGCAUUUUGCAACUGGUGCAGGUCCAAUUGUGACUAUGUGGGAAUCUUUGGGUGUCAGGUUGGUAACUGACAUCGCCAUCUGACUGGCCGCUCCAGCUUUCUUAAGCAGGUAAGCGGAAGAGCGUAUUUAUUGCAUUUAUAUCCCACCUUUUUCUCCAUAGUUCACCCCCCCCCGCAUUUAAUCCCUACAACAAUCCUAUGAGGUAGGUUAAGAGGCUGUGACUGGCCCAAGGUCACCCAGUGAGCAUCAUGACUUAGUGGGGAUUUAAGCUCUGAUCAUCUCCCAGGUCCUAGUCCGACAUCCUAGAGUACUUCUGCCAUGAGGCGGCUAUAUAAAUUAAGUAGAUAAAUAAAUAUGGGGAAAGCAAAAUGUCACUUAGAGAAGGGUCUGAAAUAUAUUUCUUGAAGCUUGAAUUUGUUGUACAGUGGUACCUCGGGAUGCGAAAGGGAUCUGUUCCAGAGCCCUGUUCGCAUCCUGAAUGGAACGCGACGGCGUGUCUGCACGGGGCGCAUUUUGCCGCUUCCGCGCAUGCGUGUGACGUCAUUUUGAGCGUCUGCGCAUGCGUGAGCGGUGAAACCCGGAAGUAACGCACUCUGUUACAUCUGGGUUGCCACGGAGCGCAACCUGAAAGCGCUCAAUCUGAAGCACAUUCAACUCGUGGUAUGACUGUAUUCUGGAUUGUUUUGUUUGAUGUUUUAAUGUGUUGUAAAUCACUUUGAGAUUUUUUUCAUUAAAAUAUAAAGCAGUAUAGAAAUGAAAUGAAUACUACUACUACUAAAUUCCAUUACUAUUAGAUUUUCCAUUAGAUAUUCUGUUGUGGCGACCAUAACCUAGGUUUAAGGUGCCAUUUGGCAAUUAUCUUACGUAUAUGAGUUUCUAACACUGCCCUCCCCCAUUUUUCCCAACUCAGAUUUUCCCAACUUUGGAAGCCCCCUCCCAAAGCAGGAUGUUUCAUAGAGUCAUAGAAUUGUAGAGUUGGGAGGAACACCAAAGGUCAUAUACUCCAGCCCUCUGCAAUGCAGGAAUUGAAGCAGCCUUCCUUCUCUUUUGCAUGACCUCACCUCCAGCUCCCCCCCUCCCCAGCUGCUGAUCUCCAAAGGUAGACUGCCUCUGACAUGGAGGAGUAGCCCAGCAGCCUGUUUUUCAAGCCCAGAUGCUUUUUUGGAAGCCCUCCCAAAUCUGCCCUUCUCCUCCCUUGCUUGGCUUCCCUCUCUACCCGUUUCCCUCCUUCAGCAACUGGUCUCCAAAGGUAGACUUCCUGUGGGCAUGAAGCCUUUGCUCCCUGUUGUAGCUAGAAAAAGCUAUUGUGGAGCUUUGCUUGCUUAGUCCCAAAAUGUCUAUAUUGGGCACUGUCAUGUUUUCAUGACAGUGGCCAAUAUGAUAUUCAACGCCCUUUUAAAAUGUGCUGGGGUAUUAUUGGGUGGUUGUUGCUUUUCUUUUGAUUAUGUAUUUUGUGUUUUUAUAUUGUGAUUUUAUCAUGUGAACCACCCUGAGACCUACGGGUAUACAAAUUUAAUAAAUAAUAAUAAUAAUUUUCAUAGCACCACCCCAUUGCCCUGUUUGGGAGCCGCACCCCAGGCAGGAUAAGGGGCGAUGGCCCUCUCCAGCAGUUGCUUUUUGUAAGGUACACUGCCUCUGGACAGUUAAUGUUUGUCAUGGUUAAUAAAACCAAAAGGGCUUUGUUGAAUAAAAAUGAAAGUUUUAUUAUGCUGAUGAUGUUUUCAUCUAUUUUGUUCAGAGAAUUUUGUUUACCCUGCUCCAUGGCAGUGGCCGUGGGGGGACAGGGUGCUCACAGAGCAGCUUAACAAAGGUCAGUAGUAAGACAGUCCCUACCCUCACAGGCUUGCUAUCGAAAAUACAUGAUGCAAGAGGAAAGAAGAAUGGGGGUGGGUGGGAAGAUAACAGUUCCAGUCUGCCACUGGGUGACAGUUGAGAGGGAACCAAAGGCUGCUGGUCUCUAUGCAGAAAUUGUGGGAUUGCCCGGCUGGGCUCCUCUGCUUUUGCUCUUCAGCCAGAUGUAAACAACCACUUGAGGAAGAGCCAAAAGUAGAUGGUGUCUCUCUUGUCUUUUUUUUUUUUUAAGGAACUUCUAAAUGAGUUCUGCUGGAUGUAGAAUCAAACAGGCGUUCUAUUUUCCCCUCCACCCAAACCAGUAAGACCAAAGCAUCUUGGAGAGCCCCAUAAGCUGGGGGUGAAAACAGCAGCCCUUUUCUGCUAUUGCCACACCCACCUGCCAGGUGGACUACCUUUGGACAUGAAUGUUCUAUUCAGUGGGUAGGCAAACUAAGGCCCGGAGGCCGGAUCCGGCCCAAUCGCCUUCUAAAUCUGGCCCGCGGACGGUCCAGGAAUCAGUGUGUUUUUACAUGAGUAGAAUGUGUCCUUUUAUUUAAAAUCCAUCUCUGGGCUAUUUGUGGGGUCUGCCUGGUGUUUUUACAUGAGUAGAAAGUGUGGUUUUAUUUAAAAUGCAUCUUUGGGUUAUUUGUGGGGCAUAGGAAUUCGUUCUCUCCCCCCCAUAUAGUCCGGCCCCCACAACGUCUGAGGGACAGUGGACCAGCCCCCUGCUGGAAAAGUUUGCUGACCCCUGUUGUAUUACUAGGAUGGCUUAGUAAAAACUGAGCCUUGCAGAAUCAAGGGCAGCAGCCUGUUUUCUCACAGUGGGCAGUAAUGUAGAAAGCUGCAGCCCUACCUGGAGAUGCCAGGAAUUGAAUCUGGGAUGUUCUGCGUGCAAGGCGGAUGCUCUGCAGCAGGGCCAGAGCCCUUCCUGGGAUCAUAGAAAGCUGCUUGAUACAAAGUCAGACUAGCGGUCCAUUUAGUCUUGUCUACAUUGAUUGGCAGCAGUUCUGUAGAGUUUUGGACAGGAUUCUCUCUCCAGCUCCACCUGGAGAUGCUGCUGUGAAUUGAACCAGGGGCCUUCUGCAUGCAAGGCAAAUGCUUUGCUCAUUAGAUAUCUUCCCAAGAUGCCUAGGAAGCAAAGAAAUAGAUGAAGGCAGUAGUGUCCUUGAUGUUGCUUCUUAGCACGUUGGUACAGUACCCCUCUUGAACUUGGAGGUAACAUACAGCAGAUGUGGCUGAAUUGAGUUCUUGAGUUAGGAAUGUGUGAUCACUGACCCUGGAGCCGGCCCUACCAUUAGGACAUAGUGAGGUAGCUCCCUAGGGAAUGGGCGGUGGCAUCAGGGUAAUCAAUGGAAAAUCAUGCUCCCGCAGAGCCUGUUAUUGUAUAUCAUGUGGUGUACCUGCCACCCCCUUAGCCAGCCUUCUUCAGUCUUUGGGUCCCAUAUAUUGUUGGACUAUGAUCCCAUCACUGUGACCAUUUGCUGUGCUCUCUAGAGCUAAUAGGAUUUGGAAUCCAAGAACAUCUGGAGGGCUACAGUUUUGCUGCCCCUGCCAUACAACCAAGAUGGCAAGUAGCUAUUGCUAGCUCCCCAUCCCCCUGUGAAUCUAAACCUGUGUUACAACAGAGUCACAUCUAGUUGAGCAUCCUGUUCUCACUGUAGUCAAGCAGCUGUCUUUGGGAAGCUCAUAAGCAAGACCUGAGUGCAACAAUACUCACACACCACUUGCAGUUCCCCACAACUGGUAUUCAGAGGUAUGUUGCCUCUGACAAUGGGGGUAUCUCUCCUCCCCCUGCACAUUACGUACCUACUUUUUAAGGCAAACAUUCUCAAUAAUCUCACUGUAGCCUUUCCUCAUAGAAGAGUUGUCCUUUUCUAUGCCUUUUCCAGCUGUGCUGUAUCCUUCUUGAGAUACAGCAACUGGAACUGUAAGCGUUGGGCCUCAGCACGCUGGCAAUUUUGUCUUUCUGUUCACUGUUUUCAUUUGGUUUUAUCUCUUCAGGGCGUGAGUGGGAUGUGUUUGUCAGAGAUUCUUGAGUUCUUUUGGGGGAGGCUCCUGGAGAGGAAUGCGGGGAGUAGGGGUCAGAUGAUAGGGGCCGGAACCAGGAGAUGUCCAGCAUGAUACUUUUGGAAGAGUUCUCUUCUAAUUUAAUGAUUUUUGCUUGUUUCGCCAUCCAGAGGGCUGCCAUUCUGUGGCAGCUCAGAUUCCUGUCGCAUCUUAAAAGACAGAUUUGUUGUAGUAUAAACUUUUGUGGACUGCAGUUCUCUCAGUCAGGCUUCAUACAUCUCAUACAUUUAAAGCACACACAACCAAGAAUCUUGGGAACUUUACUCCUCACAGUUCUACACGUUCCAUUACUUUUAACAAACUACAGUUUUCAUAAUUCUUUGGGAGCAGUUUUGUGGUUUAAUGUGUUUUAAAUGUAUGCUGUGGGUGUGAUCAAAUUCUCAAUAGAGCCCAAACAGUUCCUGAAAUAAAUUUGCCUUAUUUUCCAUUGGCAUAUUCUGGUUGGGACUGUGGGCAGGGCAGGAAAGGGUUAAACUCCCCCCAUGUGCUACCUUUUUGACAGCUAUGCCAAACUUUUAAGCCACCAUCACCAGUUGAUAUGGUGACCAGUACAGUACUGUAUUUAGCACCUGUUCAACUUUUGGCCCUCCGUACUUACGAAAGAGCAUGAGGUGCCUCUCUCCCAUAGAGCAUAUUUAUAACGCCUUUGUGCUACCUGACAAAAGGCUCUGCUUUAUAUCUCUGCCAUACAUGUAUGUUUCAACAGAUCUUUCUGUUUGCUUCAGAAUGGUAGAGCUGCAUUCUACCUGGCUUGCUUUACAAUUCCCAGUAAUCUCUUCUUAUUUUUUUGGUGUGUGUGUGUGUGUGUGUGUGUGUGUGUGUGUGAAGUGCUAUACAUAAUAUCAUUGUUAGUUGACUGUAAUACUUCACACACCUUGAGGAAAUAGACUCUAGGCUAGGGAUAGGGAAUCUGUAGUCCAUCAGUCCCAGCCAGCAUGUUCAAUUAGGGCUGGGUGAUGAGAGUUGUAGAAAACUGGGGAGCUCCCAAUUUCUGCUCUGGCCUGUGAAAAGUUGUGCCACCAAACAUCUGUUAGUUGCCAGAAGACAUAUUGGCUGUCUCGUUUCAUAAUCAUUACUGAUUGUGGGGCACAAACCAGUCUAGAAUCUUUCUCAAGAGAUUCCUCUUUCUGGUCUGGUCUUUUGGAAAGGAAAAUGAAAGAUGGGAAGACAGAAAGUAGAAAUCAGCAAUGAUUGAAGUUCUUGUGCCCUGCCCUCCGUUAUCCUUUGCGGAGGGGGCAGCAAUCUAGGAACUCCUUAAGGCCUCUUAAUGAUCUUCUUGAAAGUAGAGGGGGGUGAAAAGGGGAUUUAGGUGAGUACACUGUCUAUAGUGGAUGACAUGAUGAUAAAUGCUGGAGGGCUAGAAGUGUUCUCUAACUGCAAAUAUGCCCUCAAGCUUUGUAGCAGUAUAACUGAUAAUAAACCUCAUAGAAUUGUAGGAUUGGAAGGGGAGUCCAAAAGCUCAUUUAGUCCAACCCCAUGCAUCCCUGAAAUCUGAACCCCAGGCCUUAGGUGGCCUACCCCUGCUCUAGAGCACUGGUCUUCAGCUGAUGUGUUGAGACCCUCCUCCAUCCAUCCAAAAAAGGCUUGUGGACUGAUCUAAGGUGGGCUGGAUUCACAGCCCUAACACAGUGCAUCUAUUGUAGAAAAAAAGGAAUGGGUCUCCAAACGUGUUCAGCUUUGAGGUCUGGAAGACCUGCUCCCCACCUUGCAAGACUUUCCCCACCUGACCUGGGAGGUGAACAGAAUCUUGGGGUAUUGUUUAGUGCGGUGUUGUUGUCAUUGAUAUUAUUUAUUGUAUCUUUAUUUUUAGAUCUUAAAAUGAAUUAUGUGGGAAUUUGUUAAGUUUUGUUGUGUACCCUUUGAUGUGUUUUAUUUCUUGUUUAUGGCUACUUCUGUUAUGUUUGCAAUCAUGAAAAUGAUUCAUAUUGCAAGCCGCCUUGAGCAGCAUUCUACCUAUGGAAAGGUGGCAUACAAAUGUGAUGGUGGUGGGGGUUGGGUUAAAGGUGGGUCCCACCCCUGUAAAUGUUGGAGGCUGCUGCUCUAGAGCGUAUGUGAAAAGAUGUAUGGAGUUGCCUUAGAAUCUUGUUGGCCAUAAAACUGCUUUCUAGUCUGACAGCAGGUUUGUGUCAAGACCUUUUAACUUUUGAACUCGUAUGUUGCACAUGCAUAGUUGAUCUCUAUCAGUGACCUGCAUUGUAGCUGAGGAGGCCACAUGAUUUGUCAGAGGUAGCUUGAGAAACUUGGGUUUCAACUCCUUCAUCUUUGGCCAUGGGCAAACUAGGGUUUCUCAGGCUCAACCCACAAUAUGCAGAUAUGUGAUGGAUGAGGUAUGGGUUUGAGUCCCCUAGUAUCCACUAGGCUUGCCAAAAAUGUUUCAUUAGUAAGUGAUUCUGAGGGUCUGUUUUUAUUCCCUAUACAUGUAAUAAUCAUUGUUGUGAUCUUGCCAAAUACCAACAUGCAAACUUUGAUUUUGCAUGUUUAUUGAAGCACCUUGGCAUUUCUUCUUGAAAUGAAUUUCAGAAGUAUUUCUUAUAUAAAUUAUUUAAAUAAUGAUAAUGGUGGUAUUAUUCACCAUGAUUCCAAAUCCUUUUCCCUGGUCAACCACUGCCAGUUCAGACCCCCAUCAGUGUAUAAGUCGAGUUAGGGAUUUACUUCUGCCUGGUAUGCAUUACUUUACUUUUACUUAAAAUCUGUUAUUUUUGACACCUGUUCAUCUAGUUCAGAGAGGUCUUUUAGAGUGCUUCACAGUCUGGUUGAGUUUUCACCAUCCUGUUUUUUUUAAAAAAAACCAACCACCUUGUUUUCAUUAGACAAAUUCAUGGAGGAGAGGGUUAUCGAUGGCUAUUAGCCACAAUGAUUAUGCUCUGCUGCCACCUUUGAAGGCAGCAGUGCUUCUGAAUACCAGUUACUGGAAACCAAAGAAGAGAAGAGUGCUCUUGUGCUUGAAUCCUGCUUGCUGGUUCCACAUGGGCAUCUGGGCUGGGCACUUUGUUUUUUGUUGUUUUUUUUAAUGAUCUUUAUUGAAAAUUUUAAAAUUACAAAAGAGAAUAAAAAAGAAAAAAAGAAAGAAAAAACAAAGAAAAGACAAACCACAGUCAAACAAUACAAAUUAAUAAAAAUCAAAAUCAAAAAUAACACGACACAAUUAAAAAACAAAAAUAUACCACAAACAUUUAAAAACAAAUCCAAUAUUCUCGUAUCUUUAACUGUCAUUACCUUCUUUCUUUGACCUCCUCCUCCUCCCUUUUUUUUGUAUCCUGAUUAUUAAUUGUCACAGCAAAUCCUUUCCAUAUUUCAUAAUAUUCUGUCAUUACUUUACCUUAAUCUAUUUUAAUCUUAUCUUACUAUGAAAAACUUAAAACUUAAAUCUUAUUUUUACCAAUUUCUCAUAACCAUAAUAUUCUUACAUAAUUCUUUAAACAUUUUUGCUAAAGCCAAAUAAUUUCGUUCCAACAUUUCUAACAUUCAUCAAUUUUAUAAAACAAUCAUAAUAAAAGAAAUAACAAUCCAAUCUUCAUCCAGCGUCUCUUCCUCCUGGACCCGGGUUUUGUCAGUCCUUUCUAUCCCAUCAAUCUAGCGCAUUAACCUGGUAACCUUAUGUCCGAGGCCCUUAAGUCUCUUCCAUGUCCCUUCCGCAGCUCUUCUUCAUAUUUAUAGCUAUAUUUUCCUUUAUCUCCUACUUCUUUCACUCUUGGGAACUCCAGCUUGACAAUGCUUUUGACCCUUCUCGACAAAUCAGCCCCUUUUCCAUAGUCCCCACUAAGUUCCAUGUGGUAUUUAAGAACAUGUUUCAAAAACCCUCCAAAAUUAAGAGCCCCCACAACCCCAAACAUCUCACGGCCCAUUGCCAGACUCGAAAAGUCCAAACCUCCCUUUCCAAAUCUGGCUUUUUCCAAGUUCAUUUGUCAAAUCCAAGAAUUCAUGUUCCUGCUGGGCCGCAGCUCCCUCCAUCCCUGGCGCCCAAGAUUCAGCAACAUCCUCUUCCCCUAUCUGUUCUGUCAGGGCACACUCCUGAUCUAAUUCCUGGGUGGGCUCUAUAUAAUAUCCCACUGCCUGUCCAAAAUUUCUAAUCGCAUCAGUCAUAAAAUCCGUCUUCUCAUGUAGCUGUUCCAGUAGGGCACUUGUUUUACAGAAAGCACUCAACAGAGCUUCUGAAUACAUUGUCCUGCAAGGUCAGAAGUCUAUUCCCACGAUCGUAAUCUGUAACAGCUGCGAGCUUACCGAUUCAAAAUUGGUUACAGUUUCACAGGCUCCCUCUAGGGGAAAGACUUCUGCUUGUUCUUUUCUUUUAGAAACAAAUCUAACAACAAAGUUUUCUUUUUCAGAUAUUUUGUCAAUAUUUGUUCCUUUAAAAUGUGAAGGGGAACAAUGGAAUCGCUAUGUAUCUCUUCCUUUAGCUAUCUGUCAAAAACGUUUGUCUCUGGUCAAUGAGCUUCAAAGAACGUCAGUCCUGACACCCCGUUCCAGGAUCAAGACGGUGGAAAGUUACUUUACUUUACACUCACUUCUGCAGGUUUAAACAGUCCAGAAAAAAUCCCCCCUCUUCUCCUGCUUCCAAAGGGGGUUCCACAAUUUUAAAUGAUGAAAGUUAAUCCUUUAGAAACGGUUUUCAGAACUUUAGUUUGCUGUGUCUUUGCUUUAAUCUGUCUACAAAGAAACGGAAGGCUGACUUCCUGUUUAGACCUUCCCGUUUCAGUGCCAAAUUAAAUUAAACUUUUAAGUCCAGUUUUCCUUUCUGCUCACAAAUCCUUAUUUAGAGUCCAAUUGUCCGAAACUUAAGUACUCACGGGUGGUUGUUUUAAAAGCCAAAUUGUCCCAGGAAAAAGGCAGCGCUCUCCGGCAACGGCUGUGCGGCUUUGCUCCACGGAAGAAGCAGUUGACUCUCAGCACCGCGCCACUUCCCCCUCUUCGCUCCGGAGCCCGUUAGUGGGUUCCUUUGCGGGUAGGGGGGGCGCUAAAGGUGCCCGCCGAGUCCCAUGGUCACAGGCUUCAUCCGCCUGUGAUUUUUGAAUGCGUCCCCGCUUCGCCGUAGCGGAAAAGACCCGAUUCCCGUGGAGCUGGUCCCUCCAGUUCAGAGGGAGUCCGCCAUUGCCGAUGGCGCCACCCCGGAAGUCCUGGGCUGGGCACUUUGAAGACAGGAUGCUGAACUAAAAGUAACUUGUCUGCACUUACCCCACCCCACUGCUUUGUUCACAGUUGUGAAGAAUAUUCUUAUGUUAUGAAUGGUCCGUGUUGCCAUUAAGAAAAUGAGGUAGGAAUAGACCAGUAUAUAUGUGGACUGUCCCUGGAUAAAGUGACUUUUCUUCUUUAAGUUCUCAAAGUUCUUAACCUAGCCCAGGGUUGUCAUCAGAACUAGCCAGAUGUUUAACUGAUAAUCAGUCACAGUCAGUCUAUGAAAAAGAAGACUUUAGAGUCAUCUUGCCCUUAAAUGGCAACUAGAUAUUUUGUUUUAGCAACUAACCUUGGUUUAAGGAGCCAUCUGGUGCCUAGCUUAUAUAUCUGAGUUUCUAACCCUGUUUUUGAACCCGGUUCAAUAGCACAGGUCCCAGAGCAGAUCCUUGGGAGACCCCACAGCUCAUUCCCUUGUGACAAUUCCAUUGUGACAGCCGUCUUCUAUUGUGACAGGCACUCAUGAACUUCUAGUCUUUUUCUCCCCCGUACUCCCCUUUAUCCUGGGCAUCACAAGUCUCAGAUAAGUGAGUUAGCUGACAUAACUCUUGUUUCUUAGGAAGCCUGAACGAUGCUGCUCUUGCUGAUUUCGAAUGUAGGUUGUAUGUUGUUGGUAUGGACUUUUUUGUGGGUAGAUCAGAAGGUUGGGGUUCUUCCUAGAGGAAUGUACUUUAGGGCAGAUGUUUGGGGCAGCAAUUUUAUGGGUCUGUCUCUGUCUAUGUAAGUUCUUUUCCCUGCUACUACUGAUGUAUCAUGGCUGUGCUGCUCACUCCCCACUCCCUUUGUUUCGCUAUUCUAUUCUCACUGCAAGGGCAGUUUCCAAGUGGGGAGGUGUGGUUUAAUCUUAUCUAACCAGGGUAGUUGAGAUUCCUGCAUUGCAGGGAAUUGGGCCAUGACCUUUGGGGUGCCUUCCAACUCUACAGUUCUAUGAUUCUGUAAUAAGUCAGGAGAUACAGGUUUAUCAGUCUCAUUCAUAAACCAGUGCUAAGCUAGAGUUCUCCAGUUAUAACAGGGAACUGUGGUUUAAUUCAGGUAGGUAGCCGUGUUGGUAUGAUGCAGUCAAAAUAUAUUUAAAAAAUUGUCCAGUAGCACCUUAGAGACCAACUAAGUUUGUUCUUGGUAUAAGCUUUCGUGUGCAUGCACACUUCUUCAGAUACUUUGUGGUUUAAUGUGAGCCACAAUGGAAUGCUAAAGCCUUAACACAGUGGGAAGCAGACAGUGGGAAGCAGACAAGCCAGGCACUUGUUCUCACCUGUGUAAACCAUAGUUUGAGAAGUUAGGAAAGGUUAUAUGUAUGUGACUAUAGGCAACAACCAUUUCACAUGGGAGUUUCUUUUCCCGGUCCCCACAUGUAUUGGCAGAUCUCGCAUAAGUGUGUUCUGCCCCUCCCCCAUUCCACCUACAUUCUUCCCUCAUCCAGGUCCAAAAGGACCUGUGCGCUAGUGAUCAUAUAUCAUUUGGACGUACCUAAAAUGUUUGUCACUUGUAUUCAAAAGGAGUGUGCAGGGGUCAGUAAAGAGUGAGUGAAAUGGACUUCACAUCGGUUUUGGACGAUAUAUUUCCCAGCCACAGCAAGAACUUCUCAGGCUCUGCCUGCCUAAGCCUUUGAAGAAGCCCCCUGCCGCACCAGCUUACUUGAGCCAGAGUAAUAUGAGGGCUUGCUCAGCUGGGGAGCGGGAGGCUUGCCACCCCCAGCUGAGCAGUUUAAGGAAGCCCUAAUGCCCUUCUGGGUUGUGUGAGCUGGAGCAGUAUUGGGGCUUGGGCUGGGCGAUGCUGACUGGGGCUGAUGGGAAUUGGAGUCCCAACAUAGUCUGGAAGGCCACACAGUUCCCUGAUCUAAGAAGAGGUCACCUCUUCUUUCAUGAUGAUUGCCUCUUCUAAAUAAGAGGGCUUCUUCCAUCUCUUGCAAGCAGUAGGGAAUGAUGCUGCAAGCUAGAUCAGGGGUCAAAUGUUGCUGGACUCCACUUUCCACCAUCCCUGAACGUUAGCCAUACUGGCUGCAGGGGCUGAUGGGAGUUGGAUUCCCCGUAACAUCACAAGCGUCACAGGUUUCUCAUUUCUGCCAUACUUUUAAAAAGGGGGGGGGGGAGAGAGACAAGUUAAAGUGGAAAAAAGAGAUGUCUCCGCAACAGCUUUGCAGUUGUCAGGGUUGCCUGGUGUGAUAAGGUGGCUUCCGUUUCUAUGUCCACAUCAUAAGGGACGCGGGUGGCGCUGUGGUCUAAACCACUGAGUCUAGGGCUUGCCGAUCAGAAGGUCAGCGGUUUGAAUCCCCGUGAUGGGGUGAGCUCCCAUUGCUUGGUCCCAGCUCCAGCCAACAUAGCAGUUCAAAAGCACGUCAAAGUGCAAGUAGAUACUUCCGGCGGUGUUUCCGUGUGCUGCUCUGGUUUUGCCAGAAGUGGCUAGGUUGCCUACCCCUGGGUUUAGUCAUGCUGGCCACAUGACCCAGAAAAAUUGUCUGCAGACAAACGCCGGCUCCCUCGGCUAGUAAAGCGAGAUGAGCGCUGCAACCCCAGAAUCGUUUGCGACUGGACUUAGCUGUCAGGGAUCCUUUACCUUUUUUAAGAACAACAUAAUCAAGUCUCUUUUCUGUUCCUGACACCCCCAAUAAAUCUUCCAUUUUAAUACGGCAUUUGUAAAAAUGUGUUUGGACCUGUUACUAUUUUAUAGAGGGAGGGAGAGUUCUUAGUACCCCACCCCUUGUGUUCUGGUAUUAGAAGGUGCUCAGGAUUUGUCAGCUAUUAGCUUGAGCCUGACAUAGGGGCAUGUGAUGUGUUGUGGCUGUUUUGGGGUGCAGAGAGCAGCAUGUAUGGGUUUCCACAUUGGGAGAAUGACAGCUGUUGGUGGGUAGGGUAUGACAUUGAUGUUUGAUAGGCUGAGUCAGUGCAAACAGGAACUGAGCAGGGAGAGCAAAAAGUCUUAAGUGCAUUUUGGAUUUUUGAGGGGGUAUUUACUGAAAUUGUUAAUGGGUGCCACUGGAGAUAGUGACAGGCACACUGGUGCCUGCAGGUGCCAUGUUAGCCAUCCCUUGGUGUAGCCAAGCUGCCCGGGGAGUCUGGUUGAGAUGCAGCUCCAACUAGCUGGGCUUCCCAGUAUCCUUUUUGACAUGUGACAUUAAUUCAGUUUCUUGGUUGCCAGUGUGGGGUUGGUUCCCUCUGGCUGAGCCACCAAAAUGGCAUUGUUCCUUUGCACUACCAGCCCUUUGAAACAACAGUGAAACUGUGUCAUGUUUCUGCCAUAGCCCCUCCCUGCUGCACCAUACCCUCUGGGUGGACACUCCCUGCAUACCCCACCACAGUUGUGACUUGUACACCUCCCAUGUGGAGGAGACCUCCAGCUGACCAUGGCUGAGUUGUGAGCCAGACCAUGGUCCUAUGUGCUCCUAAAGCAUCUCUGUGGGGGUUGCUUUCAGCCUGUUGCUCAACUGUUAACAGAAUCUAGGAACAGGCACCUCUAAUUAAUUUAGUCAGGAAAAUGGGCAUGAGCAGCGGGAGAGUAUAAUGUUGCAGUGACCCUUGAGGGGUGCGACUUGUUAUUUCUUUGUUGGCAGUAUCUGCGUCAACCACUUCCAUAGGAGCAAACCCACCAAUGUCCCAGGUAAUCUGUACUGUGCUCUGGUUGGCUCAGUCCAUUAACUAAUCAGUUCCUUCUCCUGCCUUUAUAAACUUGCUGCCAUCUGCAUAGCCUCCUCUUGGAUUCCGUCUCUCACUCAUGCUGCAUCGUGUGUCUUUUGGUCACGCUCUAGCAUGAUGAAAUUUUGAUUCCCCACCCCACCCCGCAAUAUUUAUAUUGCUGUAAAAGCUGUUUCUUGCUGUUUCAGCCACAUAAGAAGUAAACUAGUUUGCUCAUGUUGUUCCAAACUUCUUCUUUCUUUCUCUACAGCAAAUGGCUGCUAAAAUUGGUGAGAUCCCUCACUUGAAUAAUUCCACACCGCUUGUGGACCCUUCAGUGUACGGUUACGGAGUAAAACGGCCCCUGGAUGAUGGAAGUAAGUCUCCCUGGUUUUCUUCUGUUUUGCCUUUUGAUACUUGCUGUUAAUCAUAUUAUUUUGGGGAGGGGGUUGGUGGCAUGAUGUCUGCUGGCAGAGUGCUUAUUGCAAAUUAAUAGAAUAGCAUUGUAGUAGAACAUGGACGUCCAACUCCCAAGACACUGUGAUCUACUUACAGGGGGGGAAACUGGCAGUGAUCUACCCCCGGGGGGGGGAGGUUUCAGCUCAAAGUUUUUGAGCUUGCUUUAGGGAGGAAAGCCCCGUUAUUAAGGGGGAAAUGUCGGACUAGAGUAAAGGGGAAAGGAGAUUAGUCACUCACCAAAAGACAGCGGAAACUCCGUCUUCCGUUCCUACAAUCAUGCGAAAAUGAAGGGCGGGGAGAUGGGCGGCGGCGGCUGCUCUUAGGCAAAAACAAAGGAAAAGGAUCCUGCGAUCAACAGCGAUCGACCGGAACCUCGCAGGGAUCGACCAGUCAAUCCCGAUUGACCUGUUAGACAUCCCUGUAGUAGAAGAUUCAUUUUGCCACAUGUGGUGAAUAUGCAAAAUACCUAAGGACUUUUGGGAGAUGAUUUAUAAUGAGUUGGAAUUUAUGGUAACUUUCCCCAAAAGACCGGAAGCUUUUUUACUAGGGAUAACUGGAGCAGAUAUCCACCCCCCUCCAAAACAGAUAAAUCUAUUUCUUUACGGAAUAUGUCAGCAUAUUAUACACACAAAAAGGGUGUGAUGAGGUGGUACCUACCAAAGGAGAAUGGCAGCUGAAAUGGAUAGAAUAUGUAGAAUUGGCAAGUUUUGACAUGUAAAAUUAGAGAUAAAAGUAGAGACUGAUUUUAAAGAAGAUUGGAAAAUAUUUGCAGAAUACUUUAAAACUCACUGGAAAAAUGUUAACGCAAAUAGGAUUUGAGUAAGAGUAGCAGUAGGGAUGAACUUUUUGUUUUUAUUGUGAGAUAAGGUGAAGGUAUAGAGUAACUAUAAUAUGCAGCAUAAGCUGAAAUUUUGAGGGAACCAUGGAGGGAGGGAGGGGAAGUUGUAGGAGGAAUGAUGGUUUGCUAAAUUUGAAAUGUUGUUUAUUUGUUAAAAUUUAUGAAUAAAAUUAUUUUUUUUAAAAGAAGAUUAACACUGGAAUGCCAGAAGUGAUUAAGAGAAUAAUGUCUUCCACAGUCACUAUGUCUGGACAGCCACUUUACUCUUUUUCCAGACAAAGCAGAACCGUGGUAGUUAAACGCCACUGAUCAAGUCUUUGCACCUGGCUGGCAGGGCUUGUCAAAUGACAAGUAGGUUUUGGCAGUGCUGAUGAAGCUAGACUGAAUGUUCCCUUGAUUAGUUGAUGGUGAAAUUCAGUUGAAGCUGUGCCUGGGAAGCGAGAGGAGGGGAGAGGGCAGCUGGAGUCUGCUAGUUCAAACCCAACGGCUGCAGAGUUAGGUAUGUCCUAUUGGUCUGUUGGUUUCCAUAGGCUGAUAUGCCCCUAACUCACUAUGUGACUGGCCUGACUCUGUGCGUGGGACCAUAGAUAGGUUGGCUGGUGAACCCCACUGAGCUGCCUCAUGUUAACCCAAGUGAACAGAAAAUAAUAAGAGCCCUAGUCCAUUUAGUCCAACCUUCUGUUCUUAUAGUGGCAAAUCAGUGGGAAGCCCACAAGCAGGAGCUGCGUGCAACAGUUCUUCCCUCCUGAGAUUGGUAUUCGAAAGCUUACUGCCCUGACUAAAUGUGGUCUGUUUAACCUGCUGUGAUGUUAAGAUGGUCUCCAGUUUAAUACCCCCUUAAAAAAAAUCCUAUUGGCUGGGUUUCAAAGAGCCAGGUGUGUUGAGACUUUUGUCCGCAUCCCUCAGUUGCAUCCAGGGCUUCCCAGAAAACUCCUCUUGGCGUGGCAUCUACUGCAGCCACAUGGGCGGCUGCAUUCAGAAAUAAGUUGGCGAAAUCAGUGUACUGUAGUUUUCCGUGUAUAAGAUUAUAUUUUUUUCUUUAAAAAUCAUGCCAAAAAGUGGGGGGUCGCCUUAUACAUGGGUAGUGCAUAGGGUGAACAUUUAAUUGGUUGCUGCCGUGGCUGUCAGCAGCUAUUGUGUGUGUUAUUUGUUGCUGCAUCAGUGGGUGGUGUUGAUUGGCUGACGCUCUAUCAGUUGGGCGGGCGUUAGGCAGCUGCUGACGGUGAUGGGGCAGAUGGGAGGUGGAUUUUGUGCAAUCCUCCACAAAAAAGCUCAGCAACUCUGGGCCAUCUCCCCUCAUUUUCUUAAAUUUGAGUCCCCCCAAAUAGGGGGUGUCUUAUACAUGGGGACAUCUUAUAGACGGAAAAGUACAGUAUGUGCAUGGAAAACCUUGAUUUAAAAAUGAGAAUGCAUACCCUCAUCUGAAACAUACAUACAAACACACACACACACACACACCGCCCAAUAUUGGAACCAUUGGUGAGUUUGGGAAAGAUUGGAGGGGAAAAUAGGAGUGGUUUCAGAAUAUAAAGUGAAAUGUUUAAAUGUUCUAAAUUCUGGAUCAAAAUGCUUAAGUUUAGUUAGUGCAAACAAGAAUUGGGGGAUAUUUGUGGGUCCUUCAGAUACUGUUGGACCCCAGCUCCCUUCAGCCCCUGCAGCCACCAAUAGUGGCCAGUAACCUGGGAUGAUAGAAGUUGGAAUCCAGCGAUAUCUGGAAGGCCCCAUGUAUCCCCAUAUCUGAUCUAAGUAACAGAAUUCCCUGGUACAAUCGGGAUGGAAGGAUGCCUCUUCUUAGAUUAGGGCUGCAGGACUGUUUCACCCUCCAUGUAUUGUUAAACUCUCUACUCCUCUCAGCCGUAACCAGCCUGGAUGAUGGGAGUUAUAGGUCACUGGCAGGUCUCUGGUCCCCCAUCAAACCUGUAUUCCUCUGUGAUUAGAUCCUGAAUGCUUGAGGCAUAUUUAAGUUCAUGGUGUGUAAAUGCUUUUGCCCUGUUGUCUGAGGCUAACUAUGCAAAUGUUCUUCUAGCUCACUGUGAGAUCCUAAAUGCAUUGAAAGGAUGUGCAUUCUCUGAACUCUUUUUGUCUCUUUUCUUAAUUUGUAGUGAGUUUUACUUUAUUUCUAAGCUCAAACAAAAUAACUUAUGGGGUGACCCCCCCUUCCCCCUCUUGGCUUGCUGCAAUGUGCUCUCCAUGUCAUGCUUGGCGAAAAAGACAUUUUGAGUGUUUUAGUGGGCAGCAGCUCCCUAUAAUUAUUUCUGAAACAAAAACUUCACAAAUGUAUCAGACAACGCGACUAGGCACUGACUUAAAUUAUAAUACAUUUCAGCACCAGUCAGCUAUAUGUGCUUGCUAUGUACGUUUUAACUUUGGUUGUCACAUGGAACAGCUGGUGGCCCUGGAGUUGUUCAGUUAUGACUGUGUUCAUCAAGGUUUCCUGGGCACAUUUGUGAACCGGAGAGACUGUUCUGGGCCCCACAAGCACUCAGCGCAGCCAAGCACGCAUGCUGCAACCUCUUGGCUGCAGGUUCUUUUUUCAAGCCUGAUUUCAGCAAGGGAGAAGACGGCCCCCAAUUUGUUUGAUUUUAUUAAGUUUUUUACCAUUACCAUCAUUUUAUUUGCAGUCAACAGACUAUUCAAGCAAUCAAUAACCAUUUUAUAACAAUUGACAAUAACAUUGAUUCAAAAAAACCAUUAAUACAACUGCAAAACUCAGAAUUCAUAGAAUCGUAGAGUUAGAAGUUAGAACCUGAGGGUCAUGUAGGAAUCUCAACACUCUGUACCCCAUCCAAUGUGAGACCAUACUUGACCCUGCUUAGCUUUGAAAAUGUAGAGAAUUUGCUACACAAUGCACCCCUUUCACCCAGAUCCCAAGCCUUCUGUGGAGGCUGUUGCUGAUCCCUGUUCUGUUCAUUUAUUUAUUUGAUUUCUUGCCCACCCUUUACCAUAGAGCCCCAGGGCAGGUUGCAACAAUAUAUACAAUUAUAAAACAAGUAAAAUGGUUGCCACCACAACGAAGUAUGCAAACAAACAGUUCCUUAAAUAAGAAGAGUUAAAAGUAACUCAAAAAAAGAUGCAGACUAGUAUAAUGAAGAUCUUCACUUGAAAGAGAAAUAAGGGCCAUAGAGAAGGUUCCACAGCAGCCCUGGUGCUGCCAGGGAGCUAACUAGGAUGUACCCCUGGUUGUAUGAUGAUUGAGCUACCAUGUGGGGUGAGGAAAUUUCUUAAACCAGGAGAUUAUUCUGAUGUUCUGUUUUCUCCUUUUUGGGGGGUGGGGGAAAACCACCUUUAUUUCCUAAGUACAUCUAGCUAGCAUGGCAGUGCUUCAAAGCUUUUAAGUUUCAUUUAUUAAAGCAUGCUAAAUUAUAUUGCUUUCAAAGGCACUGAAAUUUUCCCCAGUGCAAAUAAGCCUGGAAAUUUUUGCAUCAGUGGCAAAAGUUCUGGGAACUUUUUGAAUUGACAUUUACCUAUUUUGUUCCUGCUGAACCUGUCUGGGGGGCAGGGGGACAACAAGAGAAAAAGGGGCCCUUGUCUUGCUUGCAUUCGAAAUCUCAUUGUUCCUUUUCUUCACCUCUAUUACUUGUGCAUAUUCUUGGGGCUGCUUUCUCAACCGCUGGGAUGAGCAGCAAUGAGCUUCAGCGUCAGAUAUGACUUUUAACAGCAUACCUAUCCAUUUCUGUAAAUGGGCAGCUGAUUGAUGGAGGAUUAUGCAUGAGGCGCUUAACAGCAGUGUGCUGGUUGUAACAAGUUCUUAGGGUGUUGGGGGAAGGGGAGAAGAGAGGGUGGAGGGGUUUUUAUUGGCCAUAUUGAGGAUGCAAUCUUAACACCCACCUCCUUCCCUUAAAGUAUCCUUAAUAUACAGCAGCAGCUGGAAUUGGCUGAGCUGACCUGGGCUUGAAAUGGAGCUGGGAACACAGAACAGAUCCCCCCCCCCUUUUAAAUUAUGUGCUGCAAAAUGUGCCUGCCUGCCUGUCUUGAAACAAGCAGGAGCUAAGAGCCUCAAAGGCCACUGUGACUAUGUCCCUUAGUGAAGGUAGUGAAGAUAGGAGCAGGUGAAAGUGGUCUAAGUCUGCUGUGGUUGGCCACUGUCCUCUUUUCAACACUUGUCAAAAAUGUUUUCAUUUAGACAAAACAAAAAUGAAUCCAUCCUGUGGAUGUUGCUUGUCUUUUCUUCAGAGUAAAUCUCAAUUGAGGUAGACUCAGACUUUUUUUUUUUUUUUUUGAAUGAUGGGGGCUGCUCCUGGAAAAUGGGGCCGAUUUUUAUGCAACGUUUUCCCUUAUUUUGCAGUAAAAUGACAGCCGUUAAACUUAAAAUUGUGCCCGCUAGAUGUAAAAGUGGGGAGGGGAAAGAGUGCACAUGCGAUGAUGGGGGCUGCAAGUUCAGCCGACCCUUCUAUUUCAGAGGCUGAUGGGAAGUUUUUUUCUGCCUCAAUAGUAAAUGGCAGCUUGCAUUCUGAACGAUCCCCUCCCCGUUAAAAAAAAAAGCCAGAGGUUUGCUUCUCUAUUAGCCUAACUCUUUUCAGAGCAAAAUGGGCUUGUUUGACAGCAAAUAGAGCUUUAGAUUGUCUGUACCUUGCAACCUUGAGCUCUGAUGUUCUUUUAAUUUAUUUCCUCCACAAGGGCUGUCAGGAAGGAUAACUGUCUUCUAGUCUUAACUGCUUGCACAUGCUUCCAUGUCUUGCAGGGUUUGUGUUAUAGAGGAGAGGAAAAAGGUGAUCUUUUGAACAUGUUUUGCUUAAGGUUGCUCUGAAUCCUGGCAGAAACUUGACAUGAGAUAGUGGACUGUACUACAGGUGUGUGUAUAUCACAUUGAAUGUCCCCCACACCCUGUUCAAAAAUGAGAAGAGACAGAUGCUCUUGCAACUAGGAAACUGUAGUUCUGGUUCUGACUCAGCCUUCUGUUCCUUGAUGCACUUAUUUUCUACUUGAAGUGAUUGUAAAAAACAAAUAUUUAAAAAUCGAUGGUCCUUUAAAAAUAUGAGCAAACUGUGGGUUGAAGUAGUAUCUGUUCAUAUGUACAUAUGUAGGCUUAGGUCCAUUAAGUUCUGUAAGUCUACUUUGAGCAAAACUUAGUUGGAUACAAUACCCAUCACUUCCUUCUCACUCAUUAUAGGAAACCUGUAGAACCCUCGUUGUUCAAGUUAUUUUAUUGCUCUAGCCCAAAGGCCAUGACAAACUUGUAUUAGGUAUUAGUAUUAAUAAAAGAAUACAGAACAUAUAUCCAUGAUAUAAUUAUCCAUAAUAAAAAUAAAGACAUUGCCAAGUUCCUGAGCACUAAAACAGUUUCCCUUGUGCAUCUCUGACAACUCCAAUAUUAUUUUGCCUUUUUAAAACCUAAUUUGCCAACAUAUGUGCUAUACUAGAGAGAAGAAAACACCAGGGGAAAAGGUGUUAGAUGAAAUCACUAUAAAUUGUUGUAGUGAUUUGGAAGUUUAAUCUGAAAUCACACUGGAUGAGUUUAUUGGUGCCUCUGGUUGUUGGCAUCUGUCUGUCCCGGGAGACUAUGGAGAAGUGUGCCUUUGGGGUUGAAGUCAAACUGUUGGAAGGUUGCAGUGCCUGCUGUGGCUGUAGAGACUGAUAUGGGAGAGACAUGUUUUGUUGCAGCUGGGGUAGAUGAAGGCAUCUGGUAAUGCUCCUGCAGAUGCACUGUGGCGUUUCUUUUCUCUGCAUUCCUCUCAGUGGUCAUUCCUCCUCUGGUCACUGCUAUGGAUACACAACCUGACUGUCAGCCUCCAGGCACUGUGGCUGUCUGCAAAGGAUUCUUACUUGGCCAAGUUGAUGUUGCCAGCCUUCAUGUCUGCAAACAUGACAUGAAUACAAAUGCAAAAUCUCCCUGUGUAUGGGACCCUGUUGUAGUGACCAUCCAAGACUGCAGUGGGCAUCACUUAGAAACACAGUUCAAUGAAAGCAUUUCUUAAGGAAACUAGUCAGAGUUGGAUAACUAGCUCUAGUUUGCAAGAGUGGAUACCAAGGGAAAAUUUUUGUGUUUCAGAUUAGUUGUAGGUCCCUUCUGGAUUAUAUUCAGAAGAGCCAAUGCCUUAGUUGACACUUAUCAAAGUCAAUGCAGAGCUCAGUUCUUGAAAAUAGUAAUAGCCCAAAACAUCUUGACAAGCUGCUUUUUGGAGUUGGUUAUCACCCAAUUCUGUAUAGCACAAUGCAGGAAGAGGCUCAAUAGGCAUAGUAGCAUUUUUUUAAGAUUAACUGAGUGCAGUCUGCUCUUGCCUUAAUUGUUGACUACCUGGAUUCUGUAUGAAGAAGAGCUGUUGACUUGAUGGUAGAGAGCAGUGCUAUUUUUCUAGAAAAAGAGGUGCUGGAACUCACCAAGAAUGCCUCCCUUGUUCUCUUAUAAUGGCAAUGGUGCCCACUUGAGAGGUGCCAGAACUGAGUUCCAGUGAGUUCCAGCUGGAAAAAAGCUCUGGUAGAGAGUAUAGCUUCCCAAAACAAUAUUUUGCAGUGUUUCCAAAACUUUAAUGGAGCUCAAAUCAGAGCCCCAGAUUUCAGUCCUAUACAGAAAAUUUGAGUAAGCACUUGCUACCAAAUAUAUUUAGGGCAGGUUCAACCAGCUGCCCUCCCUUAUUGUAAUAAAACUUCAUCAAUGUCCCUAUGGUUUUCUGUGCUUUAAAUUGCACUGCCUGCAUUUGACACUUCCAACAGGGGGUUUCACUAAAGAGUACACCCAGGCAUCUAAAUGAGCAAGUUUGUCCUAUGGCUUCCUGAUCUGAACAUUUAUACCUAGGACUGUGUUUGCCAAAAAUAAUGAGUAAUUUAUAGGUAGGCCUUCUUAUUUACAUUAUGUACUGAACACCUCCAAGAGAUUUUUGAGGCCCAGUUGGGAAAGAAGCACUAAAUCAUCUGUCUACAUUAAUAUUGAGAUAUUUCUGUUCCUAAUUACUAGGGAUGGGGAAUUUGCGUUGGCACCAAAUCAUUAAUAUGAAAGUUUAAAAGAGUGGGAGCCAGAAGGCAAGCUUGUUUCACUCCUCGUGACAUUUUAGAAGCAUCAGUCAUAUCACUAUUUAAACCUACUCUGACCGUUAUUUCUGUAUUGCUGAAUAGUUCUUGGAUCAAUAGUAGAAGUUUGCUGUCAAUGUUAGCAAUUUGAAAUUUUCCCCACAGUCUGUUUCGAGAAUCGAUGUGGGGUGUUUGUAUGUGUGUUUGUGUGUGUAUGUCAUACUUGUUCCACCAGCAAAACAUUUUGUCCCAAAGGAACAUCAUUGCACUAGAGUGCGCAUAAACAGGUGAUGAUUGCCUAGUAGAUGGCACCAUUUGGAUGAGUUUCUUUUAGUUCCAUCAUAGUGUUGGAUCCCUGUGUUGCACAGCAUUGAAACUCACUAAGCUGCUAGCGUAAGAGCCCCUCUGUCCUCUAGUUCAGUGUUUCCCAACCUUUUUCCAACCAUGGCCCUCUUCUAACCUUGUUUCCUUCCUGUGCCCAGCCCUCAGUGUAGCCAAGGGGGGAAGAGGGCUAGCUGUCCCCCCAAUAAGUAAAAAUCAAUACAAAUAAGAGGUUCUGCCCUCUUAACGUAAGCCUGCUCCCUAACAAAAGUCCUGGCUACGCCCAUGCCCCCGGUAGAAAGGAAGCUAUUUAAAUGUUUUGUUUUUAAGCAAAACAUGUUUUAUUUAUAAUUUUUAUAAUUUAUACAAAAUUUGUUGUUGUCGUUUAGUCGUUUAGUCGUGUCCGACUCUUCGUGACCCCAUGGACCAGAGCACGCCAUUAUGUAAAACACUGUUACAUAAAAUGAUAGGAACAUACUGAAAUGUUGUUGAAGCAUGUAUUAUUAAAAGUAAGCAACACUCAUUUGACCCUAGUUAUUUGAUACAGAGGAGGAAAGCUACAGAUACAGUCCAAAAGGCGCAAAGAGAGUUAUGUAUAUACAGUGGUGCCUCGCAAGACGAAAUUAAUCCGUUCCGCAAGAGUCUUCGUCUAGCGGUUUUUUCGUCUUGCGAAGCAAGCCCAUUGACGGAUUAGCGCUAUUAGCGCUAUCAGCUGUUUAGCGGCUAUUAAAGGCUUAAAGGCUUAGGGGAUUAGCUGCUAAAAGGCUAUUAAAGGCUAUUAAAGGCUUAGCAGAUUAGAUAAAGGGGGAAAGCGAAAAAAAUCUCAAGACUCGCAAGGUAUUUUCGUCUUGCGAAGCAAGCCCAUAGGGGAAUUCGUCCUGCGAAGCAACUUCAAAACGGAAAACCCUUUCGUCUAGCGGUUUUUCCGUCUUGCGAGGCAUUCGUCUUGCGGGGCACCACUGUAUGGGAAAAAAUAAAAAAGCAAGUGGUCCUCACUGACCUGUUGCAAAAAGAUAUUGUCAUCCUGAGGAGCCCUGGCUGCCUAGAUAAAACGCUGUAGCCACACACCCCCUUACCUCAGAGUAAGGCCCACUGAACUUAGUGCAGCUUUCUGCUGAGUAGACACUUAGUUAUAUACUAGGAGCAAGUCAGUAGCACCAGACAACUCCACUCAGCUAGGCACUGAGUUCAGAAACAAACCAGGACUGCUCAAAGAAAAUGCAUGUGGCAAAAAGGAGUGCUAGGCCCCACCCCUUAGCCAUUUGUGAUUGGCCAAGUGGAUAGCCAGCCAAUGAGGAUUUUUAACAAUUGUUUCCCCCCUUGACUUCUCACUUCCCUCUGUGGCCCCCAGCCUUGUGCUGUGGCCCCCCCAUUUAUGCAAUUUCCUUCAGUUCGCAGUGGGGACUUUCAAAAGGCAUAUCAGGGUGUUAAUUGCUCAGUGGCAGCUCCCAUUCUAAGAGAUGCAGAGCAAUAAAAAUAUUGGCACUUGGUCGAUGACUUUGGGGACCUGUAUUGUCAGGAAGUGAUUGAUGUAGAGCAGAAAUAGAUUGGCCAUCUUUUUGCCUGUUGUGUUUAUUUGCCUAAAACAUGUAUUUAAUCAGAGACCGUGAUGAGCUUUGGUAGUAUUUUAUCACUCCUCAAUUUCGUGUUGUGUGUGUGUCUGUACCUGCCCUUCCAACACCACUUUGAUUCCUAGGAUGGCCCACUUAAUCUCAGGUUAAAAAUAGUAAGUGGGUGCCCAGGUUCGUGGUUAGGUGAAAAAUUAUCUCAUUGAAGUUUAGUCUGUUUGCCCCUCGGCAAUGAGAUGCAAUUGAAAUGGUUUCUGCCAGUUGUUAUAUCUCAGCAACUCAUUUUUGUGAGACGUUCUGCUAAGGUUCUGCUUGCAUGAGCAUAAAAUGGGAUAUGUUGGGUGCUUCCUGCUGAGCAUGCCCCCUCAAACCCCCAUUUUUGGGUGGGCAAGUGGAUUCUGUUUGGUUCACAUAGCCUUAAGGUACAAACCAUUGUAUGAACAAAGGAAGCUGCUAUAUACUGAGUCAGACCCUUGCUCCAGCUUACUAAGUGUUUUCUACACUGCCUGGCAGUGUUUCUCUCUGGUUUUAGUCAGAGGAUCUUUCACAGCCCCACCUGGAGAUGUUGGGGAUUGCACCUGGGAUCUUCUGCCUGCAAAACAGUUGCUCUACCCACUGAGCUGUGUGUGGUGCUUCCCCUGAAAAUGAGCUAAGAUUCCAGUCCUCAGGGUUCAGAAUUGAAGGCUGAUUUAAACAGGGACAUAGGGAGCUAACUGGCAGCGGCUGUCUAGGGUUUCAGACAGGACGUCUCUCCCAGUCCUACCUGCAGAUGCUGCUGGGGAAAGAACCUGAGACCUUCUGCAUGCAAAGCAGGUGCUCUGCCACUGACCUAUGGCUCUUCCUGUGUUCACAGUUGUUGUAUGGGCAGGUAUCGUCUCUAAAAGUUAAGCAACAAUUUUAGGUUUAUUCAUGUUGGUCAAGGAAUGACUCUUCCCUGAAACUGCUGAUCCAACAAAGCGGCCUGGAGUCCAUGGAAGCUAAUGCAAUGAGUCUUUAAGGUGCCAGGAGACUCUUCAGGUGGUAUCUAAAUUAGGCAUGUAGGCCCCCUGAAGCUCAUAGACUUUAGUCCACUUAUUUGUGUGGGCAUACCCCUUGAGUUUGAUGUAUCAUUGGAUCUCUUCUUUUGUUCUAGAUCAAUUAUAUAUGCAUUCAAAGCCUCACAACUUGAGGAGUUGAUGUAAUUAUUGUGGGUGCUAAAUAGCUUUCUGGAGCACAACAUAACGUAACUUCCCACCGCCACUGCUCUGCCUCCACCUCCCCUGGCCAAUCUGCUCUGGGUGUUCUUCUACCACAGUUUUCUGGAACAGAUGCAGGAGUGAAGUAGGGUAGAGAGAAGUUCUGUUGCACUUGAGGAAGUUGUUCAUAAUUUAGUUGGACACAACAUGGUGGUGUCCCCCCCCCCCCAUAGCUUUGCUACUUUCUCUUAUUUGCAAUUCAGCCCUUUGAUGUGGGAGAGAUCAUUGUGCUCAGUGGGGAGGGGGCACUCCUGGAUUUAACAUUAUCACUUGAGGCUCAGGUGACCUCACUGAUCGGAAUGCCUUUCUUCAGCUCGAACUGGCUCACUAGCUGCGGCCCCUUUUGGAGAGAGAUGAUUUGGCCACUGUACUCCGUGUUCUGGUAACUUCCACAUUGGAUUAUUGCAAUGUGUCUUACAUGGGGCUGCCCUUGUAGACAACUUGGAAACUUCAGUUGGCCUCAAAUGUGGUGGCCAGAUUGCUGGCUGGGGUUCCCUUCAGAUCUCUUAUAACCCUUGUUUUUAAAUAGAUGUAUUGGUUUGUUUCUGGACCCAAUUCAAGGUGCUCACAUUAGUGUUUAAAGCCCAACUAGCUUAGACCCCAAAUACCUGAAAAACUGCAUCCUUCCCUACAGACUCUCCCUGGUACUAAGCUCCUACGUUGUGGGUGCAUAUGGUGCCUUCACUAUGUAUCUUCCGGCGAAUGCAGAAGACACAUCACCCUACCCUGGCUUUUGGCACAUAGAAUCUUAGCAUGGUAGAGUUGGAAGGGACCCAAAGUGUCAUCUAUUCAACCCCGCUGCAAAUGCAAGAAUAAGUUGUAUAUACUUGAGAGAUGUAUAUUUUUAGGAUGCAGCUCUUUGUAAUUUUAAGUUGUGUUAAACUGUUUCUGAUAUCAUGCAGUAUUGUGUUUUAGCAUUAAGGUGGUGUUUUAAUAAUUGUAAUCCUUAGGGUGAAGGGCAGGUAAUAAAUUGUAGUGACAACAACUAAUGGAAACUUUCCAAUUAGGGUGUGUAUGUACACGCACAGAAGACAACCUUGCACAUAGCUCUUCCCCUGGUCGUAUUGAGUAGAAAUGUCAUAGCACAUAAAACUUGGUGAUGAUGCAAGGUUCUUUAACAGCCCUAUUCCUUUAACAGGUCUUCGGGUAAAUUGGCUCCAUGGAGCACAGUUAAGAGAGACCCAGAGAAGUAUGUUGCAAGUCCCCCCUCCCAAACCCCUCCUCAAUCUCUCUCUCUCUCUGUUCUCUCUCAGUGCAUUUGAUUAGACUAAAUCCUUCCAAAUCUCUUGUGUAUUAUGGCUUCUUAUUCUCCCCACCUUUUAAAUGCUGUACCAAUCUGCUUGAUCUUUUAUUAUUAUUAUUUUUUACAUUGGGUUUAAUUUGGGGAGGUUGGAGUGGGCUGCACUUUUCUAGGGAUUCUGGGAUCCUGAGGUGCUGGAUUUCUCCCCCUCCCCAUGCCUCUCACCACAUGGGAGCAAGGUGGAUCAAUUUCCUAUCCUGCGUUCAGCUGGACACUUCGCUUCUCCGCUGUUGUUGAUCAAGAAAUCCCCUCCUGUUUCUUGUUCCACGUAACACAUUCAUUUCAGCCACUGAACCCAAAUUGCUGUUUUUUAGCGCUGCUUCUCCUUUAUUUUCUCUCUCGCUCUCUUUUCCCCCCUUGAUGAAAAUGGUAAGAACUCUUUUUUCCCCCUGCUAUAGAGAUGAAGUUAGUUUAUCCGUACUAAUGCUUUGAUUUUUUUCUUUUCUCUCUCUUCUCCGACACAGUAGGUAACCAGUUAGGGGCCCUGGUACAUCAAAGGUAAGCAGUGGGUUAUGUUUUAUUAUUUAUUGAUCACUUCUAAUUGUUUAUUGAUCUGCCAUCUGUACUGGAGUGUUAGAGAGUCAGAGGUUGAGAACGUGGCAGAACUGCGUAGGCUCAGUUUCUCCUCUUCCCACAUGCCCCCGCCCCAAGACUGAAGUUUUCUGCUUGCGUUCCUGGAUAUUGCAUGCAUUUGUUUGGAAAGAGAUGAGGCACGCGUACGCAGUGGGUAACGCAGAAAGGAAGGUCUGCAUUGAAUUAAACGUUGUGUCUUGGGCUGAGAUUCAUGAAGCUGCUUAGGGUAGCCAAAUGGAGUUUGGAAAAAACCCACGAAAACCUUGAAACAACAGAUUUUUGUGCCAAAGCAUAGGCUUCUUUUGAAAAGCUAUCAGUAAGAGUGUUGUUUUUGUAUGUGUAUGCACAGUAUCAGACAAUCUAUCUAGUGCAGUAUUGUCUACUCUCUGGCAGCAGGGUUGGGACCGGGGUCGUUCCCAUUCCUACAUGAGAAUGCUGUCAGGUUUGGAGCCUUGAGAACUUCUGCAUGCACCGCGGGUGCUUUGCCACUGAGCAAUGUCUCUUCCCAAAUAGGAAGUUACCUUUUACCAUUAGUCUAUCUAGCUCAGUAUUACCUUCUCUGACUGUCAGCAGCUCUCAUAUGUGUGAGGCCAGAGGACACCCAAGUCCUAUUAUUGAGUUACCUAUUUGUUGAAAUUGUUCACUGCUUUAUCGUAUAAAAACCCUCGAAGUGGUUUACAAAAAAUUCCUACCUGGAGAAUGCUGUUGGCAGAGCUGUGGCCCUUCCUACUUGGUUUAGAAAGCAGGUUGCCGUGUAGCAUGAUGUCUGUUCUGGUGGUAUGCAAGAGCUGCAAGCUCAAAGCCACCCCCCACCCCACCCCGACCAGAUGUAUACUCAAAAACAGCCUGCCUUUUUGGAUCCCAGCCUAGUUUUUGCCUUUGGAAUAGGAUCUUGGGCACUCCCUACUUUGAGGUUGUUGUUUUUCCACAGUCAGCAAUAUGUAAGUUUUAUAUUACUUCCUUCCUCUCCUUCUCAGUACAGUGGUACCUCUGGAUGCGAACAGGAUCCGUUCCGGAGCCCCGUUCGCAUCCAGAAGCAAAUGCAACCCGUGUCCACGGGUCGCAAUUCGCCGCUUCCGUGCAUGCGUGUGAUGUCAUUUUGACCGUCUGAGCAUGCGCUAGCGGCGAAACCCAGAAGUAACGGGCUAGCUGUUAAUUUGCAGCCAGCCAAACUGAAUCAAACCCCUGCAAAAUCCUGGACAAAGAAGUGUCCUUUCAACUGGCCUUGUAAACUCAGCAGCAUUGGUGCCAAGCCUUCUUUAGAGUUGGUGCACCACCACAUUGAAAAGCUCAUGCCCAUGUCUGUAAUGUCCUUCAUGCCCUGAGAUGGGGCAGAGCAAGCCCUUCCCGACAGCAGUUAAGGCAUGGGCUGACUGGUUUGAGGGCACCUUUCCAGGCACCCUUGUAGGAAGCUGGUAGGGGCUACUGGCUAAAAGCUCCAUUCUUAAUCACCCAGUUUUCCAUAACAUUGGAACUAGUUCCUACUUCACUUUCUGGGGAUGGAAACUCAAUUUCCUAAAUGUCCUGUGACAGUUGAUGCUAUUGGAAAAGGCGACGAUGUCUAUCUUGUCGUGAUGAGUCUCCCCUUUUCUCUUUUCUUCAGGGUAAUAACCGAAGAAUUCAAAGUGCCUGAUAAAAUGGUUGGAUUCAGUAAGUAUUCUGGUUUGCAGCAAUUUUUCUCUUUCCUUCAUACGGGGCCUUUGUGAACACUCCUUCCAUCUGAAGACUAAUAUAUAUUAUGAUAGGUAGUGCUCAGCAUAACAGCGCGGAUUUCUGUUAAUGCUGCUGAGAACGUGGCAAUUUCGGGGGAAAUGCUUUCCACGUGAACCUUAAAAUCAAUUGAGGAUAAUUUAGUUACUUCCUGAGUGCUACAGUGGCCUGUGGUUAAAGACCUUGAUGGCCAACUUUGCCGGUAAUGUGCUGGGAGGGAGGGGUUGGAGGGGGUGAGCAGAGGAGAAAUGGUUUGGGGUGUAUGUGGGGGGGGAGGAUAUACCGUUGAAGGGCUAUUUCAAGGGGGAGGGUGUGCAGCUUGGUAGUGAAGCAUGUGCUUGCCUGCUCAGGGUCCCAGGUUCAGGAGAGGAGCCCAGGCCAAAGGGGGUCCACCCAGUCUGGCUUCCUGUUCUCACAGUGGCCAACCAGGUGCCACUGUGACACCCACACUGUGAAACCCACAAACAGGACCUGAGUGCAACAGCAGCACAUUCCCCACCUGUAGUUCCUAGCAACUAGUAUUCGGAGGUAGUGGUGGUAGAACAUAAGAAGAGCCUUGCAGCUGGAUCCAGCCAAAGGCGGCUUAUCUUGUCCAGCAUCUGGAUCUCCCACUGAUGAACCAGAUGCCUGUGGGAAGUCAUCAAGCUGAGUGCAUUCCCAGCAACUGGUAUUCAAAGGCAUUCUGCUUCCAGGCAUGCAAGUGGAACUUAAGAGAAGCCCUGAUGGAUCAGGCUAGAGGCCCAUCUAGUCCAGCAUCCUGUUCUCUCCAGAUGCCCCAAAGGCCACAAGCAGGAUGGCCUGCCAGCAGAAUUUGAGACUUAGCUAUUGGUUUAGCAGAGCUGGAUGGGAGUGGUCAAUUGUUUGUUGACUGAAGGUGUCAACUCAGUUGCACUUAACAGAUAGGUGGGUGGAGGACCUGAAACUUGUGAUUUCUGAGCAUUGCAUCUUCGCCUCAUCUUCUUCCAGACAUUUAAGUUUACAAAUGCUCCCUUCAUAGAUAUAUGCAAAACUUCAGUCAUGUGCUUGUUCACAUCUUGCUCUUGAAAUAAUGAAAAACCCAGCAAUAUUUUAGUCUGUUGGCAGCAGCAAAAUCCUGAUCAAUUCCAAAUUUUAUUUCAGUUAUCGGCCGGGGUGGUGAGCAGAUUUCUCGGAUUCAGGCAGAGUCAGGCUGCAAAAUUCAGAUUGCGCCAGGUAAGGUUAUUUCACCCCCUCACCACCUCCAGCUUCCCAAAGAACCAAGGCAGCACUAAGAUUACACACACCUGCUAGUCUUUUAGAUUGGUAUAUUAAAUAUAAAACGGUCUGACCAACUUGAAAGCUAGGAUAAUAGAAAUGUCCUGUAAAACAUUCUAUUAUACUCCAAAAGUACUCUCCUGCAAGGCUCCUCACCAGGGCCAGAGCCUUCUCCCUCUCCUUUCACAAGAAGGAUCAGUCCCAAUGGAAAAAAAAACAUGCCCCACAUUCCUCUCCCAAAAUCAGUACCUUCGUUCCUCCCUAGAAGGCGGCGAUCUAGAGACCGCUUUAAAAGCCCUGAACAAUUUUGGAGCCAUGGUAUGUAGCCAUUGUUAGUCCUACUCAGAGUUGACUCUGAAAAAUCAAUAAACUUGACCAACUUUCUUAGGUCCAUUAAUUUUCAAGGGGUCUACACUUGAGUAGGGCUGACAAUGGAUAUAGCAAUCUUGGUCCUAAGUUGUUCAAUGCCAGGUGAGUUUUUUUCGUUGCUCACGCUAGCUUUAGUAUAAGCCUGGCAUCACUCCGUUCCCCAUGAGUAACAAUAUUGAGACUAAAACAAGGACGCUGAAGGGAAUGUGUGCAGAAUUUGCUUGCCUGCUUGCUUGGAUGGUUUAUACAGGGGACAGAACUCAAGAUUCUGUGCUUCCAAAAGCCAAACUCUGUUUUACACAAAGCCAGGCAGAGUGUGCGUCUGUGCGUGUGCUUUAUUUAUUUGAGUUAAGUUUAUUAAGUUAUUUGAGGCUUUCUAAAUUAGUACAAGACUGAUUUGCCUUGGACUUGGCUUGGUGGUGGAUGGGCAGCCAGUGCAGAUGUUUCAACAAAGGUGUCACAUGCUGUCAGCCAGGUGCCCCCAUGAGCAGCCUGGCCUCUGUGUUCUGCACCAGUUGGAACUUCCAAACCAAGCCCAAGGGCAGCCUAACAUAGAAUGCACUGAAGUAAUCCAUCUUUUUUUAUUCAACCAGCUGGAAACUGAUAGGCUGCUGAGAAUUAUCAGAUACCCAGUACCUGUUGAUCUUUCUUUUCUUUUGCUUUGUCUUUUACAGACAGCGGCGGAAUGCCAGAGAGACCCUGCGUGCUGACUGGAACGCCAGAGAGCAUUGAGUGAGUUUUUUAAAUUGGUAUAUACAUUUAUAUAACAUUGGUUGCCUCCACUUUUUCCCCUUAGUCCUCUUCCCUCUUCCUUUUUUGUUUUUCUCUUACCCUUUUUCUUCUCUUCAGUUGCUUGCUGUCCUCUUUAUAGCCAGCAUAGACUCACUCUGCUCCAAACACUUCUAUCUCAUACAUAGUAGCUCAACAGUUUAGCCCAUUGAAGGGCUGUUUACCUCCAUUUCGCAGCGUAGACUGUCUUUGUGGUCCUCUACAAAAACUCUUGAGUGAGUUUGCUUGAACGAGGGCACCCUUUUAAGGGUUGAAAAGUUACCCUGGUGUUGCAGAGAAGACCCCAGAGAAGCAUUUAACUGGCCUUCUGACAUGCAACUCUUGUUAUUAAUGGCAAGUGGUGAGCCCCAUCACUUGGAGGAGGGUUCCACAUAUAAAUAAUUAGAUUUCAGGGGAGCCUCUGUUUAUAAAAACUGAUUUAUAGAAGUAUGAAUUACAUAGAGAAAGUGGAUGCAGAAAAGUUUUGCUACCUCUCUUGUAACAUGAAAACUUUCAGACAUCCAACAAAACUGGUUGUUGGAAGAUUCUGGACAGAUAAAAUAAAGGACUUCUUCAUGCAGUGCAUAGUUAAAACUGUGGAACCUGCUUCCACAAGAGGCAGUGAUAGCCAUCAAUUUGUAUGGCUUUAAAAAAGGGAUUGGACAAAUUCAUGGAGGAGAAUGGUUACUUGCUGUGAUGACUGUUUUACCUCCACAGUGCUUCUGAAUACUAGUUGCUAGAAAUCACAAGAGGGGAGAGUGUUCUUGAGCUCUGGUCCUCCUUGCAGGUUUUCCCACAGGUAUCUGACUGGCCACUAUGACAGCAGGAUAUUGUACUAGAUGGAUCAUUGGACUGAUCCAGCAAGCUCUUUUUAUGCUUGUGUUUAUUUACUUUGCUUGCCCCCUCCCCCCACCCCAAAGUCCUCUUUCAUUUGCAAUGAAGUACUGUAUUGGGAAAGUAAACAGUGGGAGAGACACCUGGGAGCUUGAGUGAGACACCCAGGGUCUUCUCUCACUUGCAUUGUAGCUUGAUGAAGAGAAGAAGCUCCCGAAGACUGGUGUAACUUACCAUCUUCAAGCUAUAGUGUUAAUGAGGAGAGACCCCUCAAUACUCUCUCAAAUCUCCUAGACAAGUGCAAAGGAUCUCUCUCCCUUUUGUGUAAAAAAUCAUUUUUUUAGAAAGCCUGUUGCAGAGGCAUCCAAAGGUCUUCGCUCACUUGAACAGUGGCUUGUUGAAGAGAAGAAACUUUUCCAAGCCCCCACCCCACUCAUGGUGAGCAAAGAGAACCUCUUUCCUCUCUCUGCCAGUGAGGACAAUCAGUUAAGAAAGGGCAGCAGCAGAGGAAUGAAAAAACAGCAGAUGCAAGAGCUUUUAUUUAUUAAUUUUUUUACAUUUUUUCAUAUCCCACUUUUCCUCCAAGGAGCUCAAGGUGACAUUGUCUCCUGCUCCCCAUUUUCUCCCACCACAACCCUGAGAGAGGUAGGUUACGUUGGGAGAGGCAGUAACUAGCUUAAGGCCAUCCAGUGAGCUUCAUAGCUGGGGGGGGGGGGGAAUUUGAGCCCUGGUCUCCCAGGUCCUAGUUUUCAUUUAAUCCCCACACCACUCCCAUGAGAUAGGUUAGGUUGAGAGUGGUAGUGGCUGGCCCAAGGCCACCACCCAAUGAAGUUCAUGUCCAAGUGGGUAUUUGAAUACAUUGUUUAUCAAUAAGAUAAUAGCUACAGAAACUACAAAGAGAACAAGUAGAAUACUGAGUCCUCUCCUGGAGGUGAUUCUCAGCCCCCACAACCUAUAGAGGAUAGCAGUCCCUCCUAGCUCUCACUUGGAAUCCCUCCCCCAGCCUCUCACCCUUGGAGACCAACACUUCCCUUUCUUCCACCCAGGGUCCUCCAUCAGCCAUCCACCACCCCAUAAAUACUUAAUUCCUGGAGCUUAAUAAAGGCCCCCAAACCUAGUAUUCCAAAAGAAACAUGAAGAAAAAAGGGGGGGAGGGGAAACAAGAAAAGACAAGAGGGGGGAAACAAUGGGGAAAGAAACAUUAAAGAGAGAGAAAAGAAACUUCCAAUUUUCUGUCUGUCGGUUACAUAAGAAAAAGAUUAUUAACGACAUUCUGUCAGUGUUAAUAUCCAUCUUCUCCUCUUUCUGUCAAACCAUAUUCUAAAUCAAAGUGUCUUAAUCAUUCAUUUCUUCUUCUUACGAAAUAUUUAGGAGAGAUUCCCAAAUUGUUUUUACUAGUAAUUAACUUUACCUCUAUUAAUAAUAUUAAUUCCCCCUUCCCCUUACUAUAUAUUCUUCAAUUCUUACCCAGUUCCGUAUGUUCACAUUCAAUUUCCUGUUUUCCAUUUUAUGUUGUUUAUGAUAGUUUCUGGAUCUCCUCCUCUAGGAGCUUCCCUUUUCAUUAUUUUUUUUCAGAGAAAGCACCAUGUAUUUAUUAGCAUAAUUAUCUGAAUCAACUCCAAAUCAUAUGCAGAAUACUUUCUCUCUGCUAGAACUGAAGAAAGGCCAGGACUGGGGUUUUCCUUAGACUUCUUUUUCUCGCAGCUCCAUCAGUGUCAAAUGCAGAUGACUCUCCAUCUCUCCAUUUAUGAUUCCAUCCUCUCCUCCAAAUCCUUGAAUAGAAGGCAAUUCCAUUCCACCAUCUGCUUUCCCCCAUUUUACUAUUUCAUCAUCCAGUCCUGCCAGCUUUUCAUUGAUUUGGUCUGAAGUCUCUAGAUAUUUUCCAUUUCAUCGCCCUCUGAUUCAUCAAACAUAGAUCUGAUAGUUUUUAAUUGUUCAGCCAACAACUGCUGAAUAAUCCCAACAGUCACUGGAAAAGUCAAAGAUAUAUUUUCUAUACUGGAUACUUUUGAUGUUUUUGAUGUUAUUUGUAACUCAGUCUCUUUAUAAGUUCCAACUCCCCCUUAAGGUUCCACCUUAAGAGCACCUUCACAGCCACAGCAAGAUUCUUUCCCCACUGAGGGUUCUUUACUUUCAGUUUCGUUUUUUCCCAAAAGAAGGAAAAGAAGUAAUCGCCUCAUCCGUUUAAUCUUUAUUGUCAUUCAUAAAUCAAGCUUUUUGCUCUUGCUUAGACCCAUGUUCCCUUUGUUACUCUUAACAACAGAAAGUAGUUUUUACAGGAUUUCCAAUUACAGAUUUUAGCCAGCAGACAUAUAAAUCUAUCCAAGAUAGUUUUUCUUAUCAUGAAAGUGUUUAUGAAAGAGAUGAUACAGAUUUUAUACCCAUAAAGGCAUACUUCUUACAUAGUGUCAGGUACUCGCUCUUCAGCUUGUUCUGACCCCUGUACAAGUCCCCAGGCACAGAUAGCAGAGAACAGCCUCAAUCAAAGCAUAUGAGGAUUCUCUCACUCAUUCACCCUUAUUUUCCAGAGUGAUUUAAUAUCCAGAAUGUCUGUCUGACUAGCAUCAAUCAGCACAUAAUUAUCUUCUGGUAGAACGACAGUCCACCAUUCCUUUUUCCUGGAAGUCCAUCCAAGUGGCUAUUUGAACCCGGAUCUCCCGUGUCUUAGUCCAAUGCUUUAAUCACUGCUCUCUUGGGGGAAGAAAAUGUAUCCUGCCAGACAGUGUGGCAUUCUCCAGAUGUUGUUGAGUAUUUAACACCCAGCAGCCAGUAAGGCCAAUCCUCAAAGGUGAGGGGAAAUGGGAGUCCCAAGAGACAUCUGGAGGGGAGCAUUGCGUUGGCAACCCCAGUGCUUGGAGGGUGUGAAACACUUGCCUAGGUGGAUGUGUUUUGGACUAGUCUAGUGGCUAGUUUUCAUUGGCCACAUCUGAUCAAAUGAGGGGAGUUCUUGGUUUCCCCAGGAUGACUGCAUGCUCAAGUGGCCUCCUUUAUCUACCUUCUCAGUCUAAAAAGGGCACUACCAGAAACAUGCCUCAAUCAACUAAUUAUCCUCCUCAUCAGAGGGAGAAGGCUAUUGAUGGCUAUGUUCUGCCUGUGCGCUCUGAAUACCAGUUGCUGGAAACCAGAGGAGGGAAGAGUGAUGUUGUGCUCAGCUUCUGCUUGCAGGUUUCCCAUGAGGCAUCUAGUCAACCAUUCUGAGGGCAGGAUGCUGGACCAGGUGGGCUACUGGCCUGAUCCGGCAGGGCUGUUCUGAUUUUACACCUCCAGUAUCAAGAGCAGGUUGCCUCUCAAUGCCAGUUGUUGGAAAUCACAAGCUGGGAGAGAUGCUGUUGCUCUCACGUCCUGCUUGUGAGGGGCUUUCCACUGGGGCAUCUAGGUGGCCACUGUGAGAGCAGGAAGCUGGACUAGGUGGGCCAUUGCCCUGAACCAGCAGGCUCUUCUUAUGUGCUUAAUAACUUAUGAGGCAUUGGUUCUGCAGAAACCUGCAGGUCAAGAUGUUUCCAUUUGGGGCUGGGCAUGUGUCAGUUGACACCACCAUCACCACCGGCCACUUCCUUUGGUGUGAGACAUUGUCCUAGGUGCUGCUGGCUAUUUCCCCCCUCACCCCCUGCCCUUCCCAAAGCCCCUUGCAAGAAUGUUCCACCCAGCAGCCCAGCUGGGGGAUGGUGGGUGGGGAUUCUGCUCUCUUUCUCUUUCUCUCUCUCUCGCCCUAUAGAAAAAUUUAGGGUCAGUGUUUCCUCCCUCCCCCUCCCCAGGAGCUGAGCUUGCCUCUUCCCAAGCCAUUUUGAGGACCACCUCCCCGCUGGGACUUGGAGCCACGAGCCUUUGGCUUUAACAGGAACCCACUUAGCCAUAUGGAGCUGCUCUUUCUCUCCCGCAGCCUUUGGGUAGGUGGGUUUUUUCCAAAUCCAUCUGUUGGGAUCUUUUUUUUCUUUCCUUUUUUUCAGUUGCGUUUGGAUGAUUGAAAAAAGCAUUGAGGUUUCCUGGAUUUUCUUUUUCUUCUUCCGUAGGUGUAAGGAUAAAUAUAACUGAGAGGUGCAUGUUAGAGGGCAAAGCAGUCUGGUUGGAUUUUUUGCGUAUUUAUUUUGUGCUGGUACUGGAGUGGGCUCCCUCUCACCUCUACCCUUCCUCCAGUAUUUUUGUUUUGGAGCAAAAGGAAAACUGUAAGGCAAAGAAGCUAUAAGAUCCAGAAAAACUGAUGUGCAUUAUGCAUUUGUUGCACAGAGUACCUGGGUGGAGACUUUUGGCUUUCUGCUUAAAGGUCUGUUUCUUCAGAGCUACGUGAGAAGAGAGAGAGCGCUUUCCUUUUGCUGCUGCAAUUUAUGAUCACGGUGACUCACUUGAGUUUCAUCCUUUUCAAAACCUGCACAAAUGCAAAGGUGGAAGGAUGGUGUCUUUUUCUCCUUUUGUGUGCUGCUGGGUGAGCUAGGUGUCAGUUCACCAGUGGCUAACUGGUGCCAUAGGGACCAGAAGCAUCAGGGACUGAACACAGGAAGCUGCCUUAUACAGUGUCAGACCUUGGCUCCAUCUAGCUCAGUUUUGCCUACACUGUCUGGCAGUGGCUAGAGAGGUUUGAGAGCAACGGGACUUUCCCAGCCCUGCCUGGGAAUUGCCAAGCACUGAGCCUGGGAUUUUCUGCAUGCAAAGCAAGUGCUCUGCCACUGAGCUAUGGCCCUUCUCUUAUAACAAAAGGAUCCUGGUCUCAUGGUUCUAAAUAAAGGAAUGAUUUUAAGCACCAAGCUUUCCUUACACUGACUCUAGCCCAGUGUUGUCUACGCUGACAGGCAGUGGCUCUCUAGCCUUUCAGGAAGGAGGUCUCUCUAGGGCUUCCUGGAGAUGCUAGGGAUCAUACCUGGGAUCUUCUGCAUGCAAGGCAAAUGCUCUACCACUUGAGCUACAAGUGGACAUGGUGAUGGGAGAGGUAUAUCGGGUAGGAAAAGCCACCGCAGUAAAAAGGAAGCAUUUGAGGUGCUGGUUGGACUUUGUGAGCUCCUUCUCCACUCUCUCCUACUCCAAAAUGGGGUGCGCCUGAGAGAGGGGAAUCUGAUCCAAAGCAGAGAGUUGCCAUCAUGGCCGCUGGUUAUUUUCUCCCUUCUGUAUCCUGUCUUUUCUCUCUUUUUUUCUCCUCCCCUCCCCAAACUCCCUGUAUUCCAGUGGUAGUCCCCACCCCUUACACCCAGCAAGAUGGGGGUGUUUGCAAUAUAAUAGCUGUUUUCCUUGAGGCUAUUUCUCUCUCCCCCUCUGUUCUCUCCCUUCCACACACCCCACCCCCCAAAGACAAGCAAAGCGGCUACUGGGGCAGAUUGUGGACCGCUGUCGGAAUGGGCCUGGGUUCCACAACGACGUGGACGGCAACAGCACAAUCCAAGAGAUCCUCAUUCCGGCGUCCAAAGUGGGCCUCGUCAUUGGCAAAGGUGGAGAAACCAUCAAGCAGCUACAGGUGGGCAGGAUGCAGCUUCGGACAGAUGCUAGUAGGAGGAGUCUGUGGCUACCAGCCACGCUGGCUCUAUUUUCUGCCUCCGCUUUUGGAGACAGGAUGCCUCUGAAUACCAGUUGCUGGGAACUGCAGAUAGGGAGAGUGCUAUUGUGCUCAUAUUUUGCUUGCAGGCUUCCCAUAGUGGGCAUCUGGUUGGCCACCAAGAGAGCAGGAGGCUGAACUAGAUGCGCCUCAGACACCACUCAUUUUGUAUAGAGAGGCAGUCCUUGAUGCAUUGAUGCCCUAAGCCAUACAUGUAUUAAUUCACUAAACCCGGAUAGCAAGUUACGUCUGGGGUAUCUCGGGGAUGGCCUGAACACUUGAUCACUGAGAUCAUCUGCAGGAGCAUUGUUAAUCAUUCUCUGAAUUAGUGAGGUUCACUUGAUAAAGAGAAACCAAGCCUUUAGUGUAAUUAGCCCAGUCCAGUGGGUUGCUCUGCCGAUAGAGAUUCAGCAGGCAGUAUAUACAUAAUUUUAUAAAUAACUAAAUAAGGCUGUAUAGGUCAAAGCCAGCACCUUGAAUUGGGUGUGCCUGUGUGUGGGUGCACCCACACGGUCCCCACCCCCCACAAAGCAAGGUUAGAAGGAAGCAUUCAGUUGUAGCCAGUAUAAGUGUGCAGUUCAUUUUGGGUUGUAUGGUACCUGCAACAGUUUAUGUUGGCAACCAUGUUUCCACCCCUGCAGGGUUUUAUAUAAAAUAUAUUGAAUUCCUGCAUUACAAGGGGCUGGACUAGAUGACCAGUGGGGGUUCCUUCCUACUCUACAGUUCUAUGAAUGCACCAUGACCACUAGCUUUUUAAUGCAAAGUAAAAUUGCAAUUGUCUGUGUUUGGGUGGUGGUGGUAAAGUGUGGCUUCCUUGUCUGCUUUUCCCUCUUCAUUUUACGAUUGCUUGCAUUUCUUUUAUGGAGUUAUCAGGAAAACUUGGCCAGACCAAGCCACUUAACUACAGAAAUGUCCAUAGCUGCGGUGGUGGUGGUGGUGGUGGGGCUCCUAUUGCUUAUCUGUGCUUUUUAAAAAUCCCCCCCCCUUCCUACUUUCAUAGCCUUUCUGCCUGUUUUGGCAUUUCCAUUUAUUUUUUUGUGGCGCUUUCUCUAUCUCUCCCUCCCCAUCGCCAUUGGUACGUCUGCAGGAACGAACGGGCGUGAAAAUGAUUAUGAUCCAAGAUGGCCCUUUGCCGACUGGAGCGGAUAAACCUCUCCGGAUUACCGGCGAUGCUUUUAAAGUACAGGUGUGUAUCAAAGAGGAUUUGCCGUCGUGCUGAUGGAACGUUAGGAGGAUUUAGAAUAAUGGCACAGUUGGCAGUAUUUGUGAGCCACAGUCUCUCGUAUUUUGUGUGUGUGUGUGUGUGUACGAUGGAGUUGGGUGGGGGCAUCUCAGGCCUAUGGGCCAAACAGUCCUUUUCCCAUCUACAUCUUGCACCCCACACCCACCCUGCCUUUACAUUAGUGACCCACACUAAUGAACCAGAAUAGUAUGCAAAUCCUUGCACUGCAGUGAUAAAGCUGCCUCUGCAUGCUUCAUGAAAUUGCAAUAAAGAGACUGAGUGUGGCGUGCUGGAAAACUGUUUCAGGCUAGUGGUUAUCUGUUGCUGGAAACACAGGGUGGAGAGAGUGUUGCUCUUGGGCUUGGGUCCUGCUUGUAGGCUUCACAGAAGCAUCUGGGUGGCCACUGUGAGAACAGGAUGUUGGACUAGAUAGGUCUUUGGCCUGAUCCAGCAGGGCUCAUCUUAUGUUCUUAGGUGAGGGGAGCCCUAGGUUUGGAUCACUCCCCACUUCAGCCAUGAAGCUCCCUGGAGAACCUUGGGCCAACCUAACCCUGAUGUCUGUGUUCUGCCUCCGCUGUCAGAGGCCAUAUGCUGAAUAGCUGGUGCCAGGGACCACAGAAGGAGAAAGUGUUGUUGCACUCAUGCCCUGCUUGCAGGCUUCCAGUAGGUUGGCCGACAGGAUGCUCGACUAGCAGCUGGGCUCUUCUUGCAUUCUUAAUCCCGCCUCACGUGGUUGCUUUGAGGAUAAUAAAAAUAGGGGAACCCAUAUAUGCAGGCUUGAGAGCCUUGGGAGAUUAGCAGGAGAGAAGUGUAAUAGGUGUAAUCUUCUUUUUUGAGAAGACACCUUUGGAACUCGAAUAAAGUAAUGGUGUAUUUUGGAAAUGGAAGUGAGGUAAUGGCAGGAGGUUAACUAUGGAUCGGUGGCCUGAAAAAGUGGUCCUGAGGGAGGGCCAAAUCUGAAAGCUCAGUUUCUUAAACAGUGUAAGCUUUUUGUGGUGGUUGAAUAUUUUUAAACUUACCUCCACAAGGUCUAGAAACAAAACUUUUGCUUUGUUCAUGAAAGCUUAAGAGAGUUCAGGAAGUUAGAUACAUCCCCCCCGCCCCCGCCAGAAACCAGAGUCUGCAAGUUUGCAAGUCUACUUGACUAGUAGGGGCGGGGCAGUGUUGUUGCACACUGUAAAUAUUCAACACGGGUGGUAACGGGCUGAUGCAGAUGAAGCCACUGAAUGAAAAGGGAGGCAUAUUCUGGCAAAACCAGAACAACAAAAUACCAAACGAAACCCCAAGCUCUAAGGGAAGGGGAAGAAACAGCAUCCCAAACAGGGUCGACUGAGCAUGCUCAGUAGUCAUGGAAUGUUGAGCGUGUCAGAAGAGAAAAGGCGGAAUGGAAUACCCCUGCUUUGGGGGAAAUGGUUAGCUUGUGGAGAAGCCACUCCUGUUAGGAGGCAGGGAUCACAUUUAAUUGCCAGGGUCCAAAGAAUCUGUAAUCAGCUUGUUUUCCUCUUCCUGCACUUGUACAGCAAGCACGAGAGAUGGUACUGGAGAUCAUUCGAGAGAAAGACCAGGCGGACUUCAGAGGCGUACGCAACGACUUUACUUCCAGAAUGGGUGGAGGCAGCAUAGAGGUAUGGACAUGUCUUGUAUGUUACAGAAUAAUAGAAUUGUAGAGCUGGAAGGCUCUCAAGGUGUCAUCUAGUCCAACACCCUGGCAGCACAGGAAUCUUCUCCCUGGGGAAAAAAAUAGGGAGUGGGGGGAUUAUCAUCAUCAUCAUGUUUAUUCAUUCAUUUGCUGAGUGUUACUUGCAUAGUUUUAGGUGGCUGUGGAAAUUUCACAUUUAUAUAUAUAUAAAUGCUUCUAUAUUGCAGUUUCAUAGAAAUAAGUAUCAGUGCAGUCAACAAUUAUAAAAACCACAGUAAAAAUUUUAAACAACCUGUCAUCAGCUAGCGUAUUACAAAAAAUGUUUUCUUAAUUGUCAGCAUAAGGCUGGUGGCCAAGACAAUUUUAAAGCAAGCCUUUGAAGGUUAAAAUAGAAAACACUGGCUGAAUUUCUUAUUGGAAGACCUGAUUCUGCAGGAUUGGGCUGAUGACACCAACUUCUGCUUUUGGGGGGGUAUGGGUGUGUGCAAUAGAGCAUAAGCAAAUGCUAAGCAAAAGAAUGUACUGAGUCAGCACCUUGGUGUAUUCAUCUUGUCCAGUGGUGUCAACUUCAUCCUUGUCUAGCCUUUGUCACCCUUUUGACUUCCACCCUGGAUUGCCAGGGUUGAGUCCGGAGGAAUAUGAUCCCUGAGGACCAUCAGCCAGUGCCGGUAGGACAAGGAGUCAUUGUCCUCCCUCCUUCCUCUGGGUUCAUCAUCCUGCCUUCCCAGCCCUUCAGGUUUCCAGAAGUACAGAAAACAAGUUUGGGAAAGAGGGUGUGCUACAUGCACAAAACAGUGUUCACAGUCUUCCCCCAGCCCAGUGCCCUUUCAUCAGCCCCAGCCAGCAUGUCCCAAUGGUCAGAGAAAGAAGCCUGAAAGGGCCACAUCUGACUGCUAGGCUUUUAAGGUUUCCCAUUUACCCAUCCCCAGAAUGUGCAGCUUUGGAUGUGGAGUGUAGGGUUCUUUCAAAUCUGAGGUAUAAAGUGGGGGCAAACAAUGCUUAGAUUUGCCCCCUUCCAGAUAUGGGUGUGGCUGCCUCUGGGAAUUGCAGAGCUGGACUUUGCUUCCUGUUCCAGAAAGUGGGAGCAAUGUUUUUUCUUAAGUAUGUGAACGUGUCUCUUGGCUUGGUAUUCAAGCUGCCUGAUGUAGCUAAUGGGACACUUGUGUGCUACCUUUCUGGGUCUGCUUCCUCUCACUGCUUUUCUUUCCUCCCGCUAGGUCUCGGUGCCUAGGUUUGCAGUGGGAAUCGUAAUAGGAAGAAAUGGAGAGAUGAUAAAGAAGAUUCAGAAUGAUGCUGGUGUUAGGAUUCAAUUUAAACCAGGUCUGUCUAAUUUUUAGUGUAUAGCCUGUAACUGGCAACCACUUUCUCUCCCCCUUCCAGGGAAGCUGUUUUAUAUCAUUGGUUCACUCAGCUCAGAAAGUGUCUGUAUACUGACUGGCAACAGCUCUCCAGAGUUUUAGGCAGGGGAUAUUCUCGGCUGUAUCUGGAAAUGCUGAGAAUUGAGCCUGCCACCAAGCUACGCCCCUUUCCUAAAGUUGAGAACAUAGCCUUUAUAUAAAGUCGGUUCACUGAACUCAGUACUGCCACCACCAAAUGGCAGGAGUAUUGAACCCAGGGGCUUUCUGUACACAGAGCAGGUGUUGCACCCCUGAGCUUACAGUCGCAUGCCCAUCUCAUUUCGGUGCAAGGCCCAUAGCCAAAGAUCGGGGGGGGGGGAUCAGAGCACAAGGGAACACUUGGAGGGGGGCACUGUAAAUCAGUCCAAAGCAACAGGAGCUUACUUUCACCAGUGUAUGUUGCAUUUUUAAAUAAAAGCAUCAAAUAACAUCACACAAUAAAAAUGUUAAAACAAUUACAAAAUUGUAAGUCAGUCUUAGAAUAUGCCCGGGGCAAGGGCAGGUUCUGUUCCAAGGUAUCAUAUUUUGUUUUUUCUCCUGUGCCAGCUUGCAUAGCCUUAAAUUCCUCGUGUGAUGUGGCAGUCUUUUCCUCUGGGAGAUUUUGCCCCUGAGUUUCUUGUUGCCACCAUGUAAAUAUUGCUUCCUCAGCUAUAGUCCUGGAGGCAUGUUUUAACCCUUUUUGAAAUUUUCUUUUUUAUUUAUUGGUUGGUUAUAUUGAUUUGUUAACAACAAAAAUGCAGACAUAACAAAAAGUAACUAAAACGAAGAAUUAAAAGUUAAACCCUAAAGUGUCACAGCCUUGAAGGACCAAAUUACAAAGAUACAACACAAAUCCAAAGGGAUGAUAAAGUAUUAACACAGACAGAGAUUCCAUUUACAAAUAAUAAAAGUAUUCUGCCAUUUUAAGUUCUGUCUGUAUUGAGAAUGGUGGUUCUGUAUAGUCUUGCAUGAGCCAGAUGUGCAUAUAUUGGUGGCACUGAGUAACCAUGUGGCUUGUUUAGUUCCCUUCUCUCAUGGGAAGCUCCUUCCUCCCUGCCAUUUCCCUCUUUGUAUUUGUAUUUAAUUUAGGGUCUGUUUCCUCUUGCUUCACAGAUGAUGGGAUUAGUCCGGAAAGAGUCGCACAGGUCAUGGGCCUUCCGGAUCGGUGUCAGCACGCAGCUCACAUAAUCAACGAACUCAUUAUCACUGCACAGGUAGGUGGGACAUAGGAAAGUUUGAGAUGCAGAGUAAGGCCACUGAUCUGUCUGGAUUGGUGCUUUCUACACUGACUGGCAGCAGCUCUCCAAGGUUUCAGGCAGGGGAACAUUCCCAUGCCAUUGUGGGGGAUUGAAACUGCAACCUUCCGCAUUCUAAGCAGACGUUCUGCUAUUUAACUGUGGCCCUAACCCUACACAAAGUUGUUUAGGGAAGUUUUAAUGUUUGAUGUUUUAUUCUUUUUUAAUAUUCUGUUGGAAGCCGCCCAGAGUGGCUGGGGAAACUCUGCCAGAUGGGCAGGGUAUAAAUUUUAUUAUUAUUGUUGUUGUUAUUAUUAUUAUUAUUAUUAUUAUUAUUACUAUUACUAUUACUAUUAUUAUUAUUAUACUGAAUCAGACAAUUGGUCUAUGUAGCUCAAUAUUAUAGUUCAAUAUUAUCCAUGCUGACUGGUAGCAGUUGUCCAGAGUAUUGGAUUGGGCAAUUCAUCCCAGUCCCACCAGGAGAUGAUGCCAAGGAUUGAAGCUGGGACCUUCCGAAUUCAAAGCAAGUUCUGUACCACUGAGCUAUGGCCCUUCACCUCAAAAUUAAGUAAGAUUCUAGCCCUCAUACAGUUCUGAAUAAAAGGUUGAAUUGAAUAAGAACUAACUUCUGCUGAGUCAGAGCACUGGUCCAUCUUGCUCAGUAUUGUCUACACUGACUGGCAGCAGUUCUUGGGGUUUUCAAGCAGUCACUCCAAGCCCUGCCUGGAGAUGUGGGGGAGUUAACCUGAGACCUUCUACAUGCAAAGCUAAGUGCUCUACCACUGAGCCAUGACCCUUAUUCUAUAAGUGCUGGUAGUGUUGGUAGUUACAUACUUCAGUGGUGAUUUUUGAGGGGGGAAAUUCACCAGCUGGAUGAGUUACCAGGUUGGCUGAUACUACCUUUCAUUCAUUUGCAUAUAUUGAAGCUGAGAAACAUGGAUGUUGUCAUCUCUUCUGCAUACUAGCAAGAGACUUUACUUUAGAGCAAAUUGCCGUAUUUUUCCAUGUAUAAGACGCUCCCUGUUUUUUGGGACUUCAGAUUAAGAAAACACCACUCAGCACUUACCAUGUAUAAGAUGAGCCCCAAUUUUAAACCAUUUUUUUGGUAAAAAAACCCCUAGUCUUAUACAUGAAAAAAUACAGUAAUUCACACAUCCUUAAGUUGGCUGUUAACCCUGGUGAAUGCUGGUGCAGUAAAUUUAGUCUGAAAAUCAUUUGGCAAAAUACCUGUCCAAAAAUUGCAACACUUGGACACUGACUUUCCAUUUUCAAAAUUAUUUCCCUUGACUAGAAACUUGGAAAGGAGGAUGACCCCACUUUCUGUCAGAAAUCAAGACCUUGAAGAGCAGCUGAUCCACACCACAGUCACAGAAGGCCAACAAACUUGUUGACUGUUAUCCAGGAUGGGAGGGACUUGUAAACACUGAUAUUAUGGCUGAGUGUAGAAUCCUUGUGGUUUCACUGGGUCUUGCUAUUAAAGCAGGGGCUGCUGAUGGGGGUUGUAGACCAAAACAUCAGGCAGGCACCAGGUUGGCAAAUUUUGAUUUUAAGCGACUCAAUGCAUCCAUUGGGCAGCAAGUCUGUUGUCUGAACGUAUGGCGAUGCAGCAAACGGCAAGUCCCAGGAGGACCAUAAACAUGUUAACAGGUGUGCCCUCUUUCUUCUUCAAGGAGCGUGAUGGUUUUGGAAGCCUCACUGUGGCUCGGGGAAGAGGGCGCAGCCGCGGAGACUGGAGUGUUGGGACCCCUGGAGGCAUGCAUGAAAUCACCUACACAGUGCCAGCUGACAAAUGCGGCCUGGUCAUAGGCAAAGGUAAGCAGCGUGAAUCAUAGAAUUGUAAAGUUGAAAGGAACCCAAGGGGCAUCUAGUCCAUCCGACUGUAGGAAGCAGAACUCAAUGCAUGGAAAUCUUAAAACUCUAUGCUUUAAAGGUGGGAGGUAGUUCUGCAUUGCCAGAUAUUGGAAGUUUUCCCAGUGUUCUGGUGUCAGCCUUCUCCCAGUUUUCCAUCAGCAUCAGAGACAUGGUUGGAGGUGACAUGAGAGGUAGACUUCUUGGUGGCUGCUUCCAUAUUGUAGAGUUCCUCCCAAGAGGUCAGACUAACUCCCUCUUUGUUUUCCUUCCACUGGCAAGCUAAGAUUUCCUUGCUCAGAUGGACCUUUGGAAACUCAGGAGUCGGCAGUGCUGAUCAAUGGGCUGCUGUUGGGGCAAACUGGAUUUGAAUUGCUGGUUCUAAUCCAAACACAUCCAUGUGUUUGGAUGUAUUAUAGCUAUUGUUAUUAACUAGUUUCUUUUUAUUACUUUGUACAGUGGUACCUCCUGUUGUGGACGGGAUCCAUUCCGGAGCUCUGGUCGGAUCCUGAGGUUUCCACAACCGGAGGGAACGCUUCUGCACAUGUGCACAGUGUGGUAGAGCACUUCUGCACAUGUGUGCGCAGCGAAACACUUCCGGGUUAGCCGCUUUCACAACCCGAAGUUUACAUUACCUGAGGGUAACGUAAGCCGAGGUGCAACUGUAUUUUAUAAUGAUGUUUUUAAGUGUUGGAAGCCAAAUCCCAACUUGGAAGAAAUGCAGGAUAUAAAGGCAAUCGAUCAAUAGCAUCUCUUUGCCCUCUCCCAGUGGAAACUGGCCUACACGCUCAAGCUGCCUUCUGGGGUUUUUCUUUAAAAACAAAACAAAAAACCCAGCCAGCUGACAGAGGUGCAAUGUGCAGGACCUUUUCUGUGGUGGCUACCAGACUGAAAUUCCCUUGAGUGACCUGCCUGGCUCCUUUUCUUUCAUGGGGUUCAGGCUCUGCUGCCUUAAGAAUACAUUUUUGGGACAGUAUUUAUUUGCUGUCUUUUCGUCCUGCUUCAGAGGAGCCUCAGGUACAUGAAACAGCCCCCCCUCCUUCGAUAAGAACCCAGAUAAGCAAGAUAGUGAGCUUUGUAGAUGGGAGGGGAUUUGAACUAGGUCCCCUACUUGCUCUUAUGUCCAACACUGUGACCGCUUCCAGGUGACACCUAGACUUGGGCAUUGAGUUUCCAGGGAAAGGGAAUCAGUGUCUUACAUUAGCAGGCACCAAGAGUGCCUCUGUGCUCACAACGCAUUAAGACUGCGAAACAUAGACUGUAAAUAUAUCAGGUAAAUGUGUGGACUAGUUGGAGCUGCAAGUUACGUUCUCUCAUUUUUCCAGUCUGCAGCUCAUUACAUUUCUGCAUCAGUUUUCAAUUUUUUGGUCUACUUUUAAAUAUCCUCACUAUAUAAUCAUUACUCUGGAGGUCAAGUGGCGUUAAGCCUAGUCCUCCUUUUCUAAAAGGGUAACGGUGGCGUUGAGGUCUGGGGCCAGCCUGUUCUGCAGUGGUCAAGUCUUCCUCCCUCCUGUGUGUGCCACCGCUGCAGAGACAGACAGCUGCCUCUCCGGGGCCCCAUUGGAUUUCCAUGAUAAACGCAGCAGUCUUGACAGAUAGCGUGGCCAGCCCCUUCUCUUGUCAACAUUGCCUUUUAGCCCCGUUUGAUUAAUUGCUUUACAAUUUCACGUCCAGCUGCGGGGGGCCUCGCCUGCUCGGUCGCUCCCCCACCCACCCACAUGCAUCCGUGGUCAGGUGGAAGAAUGGAAGCUCUCCUGUUGAAUGGGUCUGUGCAGAAAGGCGCCAUGUUCGAAGCGGGUGACCCUCGCUCGUGAACAGAGGCGAAACUUCUGGCAUUGGGCAGCACAACGUCAUGUCAUCCCCCCUCAAAUUGUGUUGCCCUUGAAGGCGCUUCCUCCGUGCGGGUUGAGAGUUGUUCAGAAUGGGGAUGGGAGGAAGCUAGACUUUCCCAGAGAGUUGGUACUCACCGUCAGUGCCUGUGGUGCAUUUUCAUAUUUGCAGCAACAAAUAUUUCCUCCAUUCAGUGUUUGUGGGUUUUUGUAGUGCUUUGGGCGGCAAGGGGGAGAACGCUGCAAAACUUGGUUUUGACCAGAGGCAAUGGUCAGACAAAAGUGAAUCUGUGACCAAUCACUGCCUCCAUUGUACCGCUUUUCUCCUCUAUUGAGAGAUCAGUAGUCCGUCCCCAGCCAGCUUUGCAGAAUUCCUUACUCCUAGCCCAUAGAAAGAAUUUAAUUAUUUUGAAACGGAGAACCACACUCUUUUUUUCUGUUUUCUUUUCAAAGAAUCUCAUACUCAAAUUAACGCGGCACUGAGAGGCAUAAGCAGGCGUUUUAUUGAGUAGCGGCUAAUUAUCUGUCCUCAUUUCUCCUUCCUCGAAGGAAAUGUCUUUGGGAGUGAGAUUCCCCUUUUGAAUGCCUCUGGGAGGGCAAAAGGUCCAAGGCCGAUGGGUGGACUUCUCAAGGGGCAGAGGGGGGAAAAGGUGACGCUCACUUACACGUUUAACAUCCAAACAAGAAGCUUCCUAAAAGAAAGAGGAUAAUGGUGUAUUUAAGUUUCAUGACAUCCUAACGUCAUGUUUUGAAACAACGUAUUUCAAAUAGUGGGCUCGCUGGCGGCGUUUCAUUAUGAGCCGAUUUUAACUGACGGGCUGUUUUUGAGCGAUGUGAUGACUUAGUAAAUUGAGCUGCAAGAUAAUGCCUUAAGUCCUCUUUUUAGCAAAGUCCCUUUGGAAUUGUAUUGCUUACGAAUGGGCUGUGUUGGUAGUAACAAACCAAAGAGGGAUCCUGAAUGCAGUGGGAAGGCGGACUCACUGAAGGAGGGGCCCCCGCGGAGGCAGCCUUGCCCAAAGGCUCCCCCAAAACGCAAAGCUGGCAGUGCCUGUUGAUCACGGGGGGGGGGGGGAGUUACGGUGACAAUACUUGCCCCACCAUUUUUAAGUUGUACAUGCAGAAAAAAGCAUGCAUGUCCAUGAAAAGGCUGUUGCUUCAACUUUUCUCCUUCACAAACUUGCAUUUGUGUGUGUAACAGAUGUAAAUGGAAGUGUGCCAAGUAAGUCCCUCCAGUCUGUAGAAUUUCCACUUCUACAACAGCCACACAGUCUCUGAUCUGCAUUCAUUAUGAGUUGUUUCUCUAGUGUGGGAGGUCCUUUGGAACUCCCUGUCUCUUGACAUUAGGCAGGCACCAUCUCCCUGCAAACCUUUCCAUUUCGGCAGGCCUACCCAGAGAGGAAUGAUUUGGUAAAGUCUGUUCAUAAAUGUGUCUUUUAGACAUUCUAAUCUUUUUAGAAGUUGUUAAACAUCUUACUUACAUUUUCUUUUCAUUUAAUUAUUAUUUUUUUAAUCACAGGUAUGUUUGCUGCCCUGGCUUCCUUUUGGGAGUUGGGGCAGGUUAUGAUUGUAAUAAAAUAGCAUCUAAUCUACUGCUCAAAGGCUGAAUUGGUUAUAGUCCAGGAAGAUUUUUUUUAACCAUUUGCUUGAUUGCAAUGCUUCUGAAUACCAGCUGCUGCAAACUGUAGGAGGGGGGAGAGAAUGUUCUUGUGCUGAAGUCUUGCUUGAGGGUUUCCUCGCUGGGGCAUCUGGUUAGCCACUGUGAGAACAAGAUGCUAGCCUUGGUGGGCCGCUGGCCUGAUCCAGCCAUGAGGCUCUUCUUAUACAUUCGGUCAGAUUGGAUGGUUUUCUUAAGAGUCGGGAGAAGAAGCAGCUGUUUCGUUCCAUGCUAGGUGGAAUUGCUUGCUUUUUCAUGGAUAUCAACUCAGCGGGCGUGCUUAUGCCUGGUGGCUGCCAGCUUGGGAUUUGCUCCAGUUACUUGCGCUAACCCAUCGGAAAGGGAGUUAGCGGAACAGAGCAAGCUGCCGCAGAUGCUCAACUAAUUGGUUUUGUCCGCUUGGAUCGGCAGAGUGCCCUCUCCACCCUGUUGCCUUGGGUUUUGACUGGUGGCUGUAUCCAGGACCAGGAGGGGUCAAGCAUAUCACAACUCCCCACCCCUUUUGUCUCCCUCUCUCCAAGCUGAGGCUAACCUCCCCUCUUGUGUGAAAUUCCGACAGAAGAAGAAUUGGCCCAUUGUAGCCUCUGCCUUUCUUAAGCAAAUUUCAUUAAGAGACGGAGACCCUCCUCCAAGACCGUAUGUGUGCUGCUGCCUUUUUCUCCUCCUGGCCCGCCAAGUCAAACCAAACUUUCAUUAGUCGUGCUCCACCCUAGUACAAGCUGCUACUGUUUCACACUCGUUUUAAAAAAACAAAACAAAGGUAGCAUCUUCAGAGUUUCCUUCACUAUCGGCAGACAUCCCACCAGCUCUUCCUCAGAUAACCAAAGACCUCUUCUGGGAAUUUGCUGGGAUAAAUUGUGCUCUGGGUGCAUGAUUUCACCGUGAGGGAGCAGCUAAUUGCACCAGUGUCCGUUCACCUGCUUAUUCACCUACAAAAGGAAGCUGCAGAUUAGGUCCCCUGAGGGGUUGCUCUCUUCUAACCUACCAGUUUCCUUCUAAUCUACACUGGCUACCAGUUCAGGAACAUAGCAAGCUGCUUUAUGCUGAGUCAGACCACUGGUCCUUCUUUCUCAGUAUUGUCCACACUGACUGGCAGCAUGGUUUCAAGCAGGGAAUGUUCCCAGUCCUCCCUGGAGAUUCCAGUGAGGUUUAGGGCCUUCUGCAUGCAAAGCAGCUGCUCUGCCACUGAGCUGUGGUCCUUCCCCUAAAAAUGAACUUAUGAUUCCAGUCCUCAUUGUUCUGAAUUGAGGGCUGGUUUAAAUACAGACAUAGGGAGCUACCUUACUGAAUCAGACUGUUGGUCCACCUACGCCUAUGCCUGCAGUGACCAGCAGCACCAUUCCAUGGUUUCAGGCAGCAAACAUUUCCGGCCUUACCUGGAGAUUCUGGGGAUUAACCCUGGCACUUUCUGCAUGCAAGGAAGGUGCUCUGCCACUGAGCAUACAGCCCUUCUUUAAUUUACUAUCAUGCCAGAUUCAGGGGGGCACUAAGAGGCAAAUGGGUGGCAGUGGGGUCUGGAGAUGUAAAUGACUAUUUGAAAAGGGGGCAUCAUUGGAUUGGUUUAAUCAAUUACAUUGGGUAAAUUAAAACUAAAUAGUUUUAACUGUGUUUUGAAUAAAUGUGCCAUUAAUUGUUACUGUUUUGAAUUUCAUUGUGUUGUUAGCUCUCUUAGUGGAUUGUGCAAACUGCUAUUCUGAAUAACGCUUUUUAUAGGGGGCACUGGGGUGAGUUUAUAGAACCACAGAGCAGGGUGGUGGGCCAAAAAAAGUUGGGAAACAUUGGUUUAUUACUGUGUGUGUGUUGCUACUGGGGCAUGAUGGGAGUUGAAGGACAUGGCAGUGUGAUGAGGACAGAUCUAAUCCAUGUGGUUGGACCUUCCUCCUUCUCUUUCAUGCAUUCACAAUAGCUGCUGAAUAUAUAAGUAAAAGUCUGAUCAGGUUCCAUCUCCUUUUUUUUCCUCCCCUCUUUCUUCUUUGCAGGGGGAGAGAAUAUCAAGAGCAUAAACCAACAUUCUGGAGCCCAUGUAGAGCUCCAGAGAAACCCGCCUCCCAACACCGACCCUAAUGUACGGAUAUUCACCAUUCGGGGCAUCUCCCAGCAGAUUGAGCUUGCGAGACAUCUCAUAGAUGAGAAAGUUGGUGUAAGUUGCGUUUCCUUCCCCAUCUACUUUCUUCUUCGUUUUUUAAAAUAAAAAAGUAUUUUGGAAAUUGCAGUCCAAUGAAGAACAAGACUAGCAAAACAAUGUCAUUGUUACAGUAUACAGCUAGAAAGAAGUGAUAAGUAUUGAAAUAAUAGAAUCAUAUAAUUGUAGAGUUGGAAAGGGACCCCAAGGGCCAUCUAGUCCAACUCCUUGCAAAUCACCAUCCAAUUGGUCUAUAACAGGCAUAGGCAAACUCCGGCCCUCCAGAUGUUUUGAUACUACAAUUCCCAUCAUCCCUCACCUCCGGUCCUCUUAGCUAGGGAUGAUGGGAAUUGUAGUACCAAAACAUAUGGAGGUCCGGAGUUUGCCUAUAAAAAACCCCACCAGGAUCAAAACAUCCACCGUGGUCAUUCUCCUUCAGUACUUGAAGCUUUUUUUUUAAUUUGCAAAGGUGGUUGGUGUUUUUGCCGGAUGCUGAGUCCCAGUAAGUGAUUUGGGGCACCAUUGUUCCCAUUGUACAGAUGCAGAAACUGUUCUGAGGCCUAGAGUCAGUGCUGGGGAAACCCAACAGCCCCAUUCAGCGCGUCCUAUGCAUCUUGCAUAAGAACUCUGGGAUUAAUUGCCAGCUGCGAUCAGACAGGCAACUAAUGUCACAAUGCUCAGGCGCCCAUUUGAAGGCAUUUUUAUUUGAGAAGGCCUUACCCAGUGGGUGGCCCAAUCCCUUACGUAAUACUAAUUGCAUAUAUGCAGAUAGGUUUUUUUUACUGUUUUUCUAGAAUUCAUAAUAUAGGGAUUUAUUGCUCUUAGAGGUUUCAGGGAAUGAUUUUGCUGUUUGUUUUUUUAAUAAAGUGGGCUCUGCAUUGCUUAUCCUACUUUUAUCUUGUACCCCUCUUUGAACACCCUCUGACUGUGAAGCUGUAUAUAAAUCUGUAAACAUGAAAGAGAAUUAAAUUCUUCAUUUUGAGAAGCCUUCCUCAGCACCUUAAAUCUCAGGUGCAGUCUCACUAAGUCCAGACAGAGUGGUGAAUAAAUUACCUGUUUGUUUUUUCUCCAGGGUACUGGUCUGGGUGGUCCUGGAGGUUUUGGCCAGAGCCCCUUCAAUCAGGCACCUGCUACACCUCACCAAAAGUAAGUAGUUUACUUGCCUGCUUUCCCUUCACCUUUAGGCUGCUCCCCCGCCAUCAAAUAGGAUUGUAGGUGUGAUUAUCAUUGAGCAGCAUCCUUGGUCUGCAAUGCUUUUACAGAAGAACAAGAAGUCUGUGCGCUGCCCUGAUGAACUUAAUUAAAGCCUGUAAUUUUGAGGCUCCGGGAGAUGGGAGUUGGGGGCAGGGACUGUGGCCCUCCCAAGUGUUACUGGGAUGCCUGUAGCCACAUGCAGCCUUAGAAGGUUGAUAAACAUAGCAUGGGCUUCUCUUCCCUGUCAUAAAUCUCAUUGGUUCCUUCCAUUGGAUUAUUGGUUGGGCAGGAGGCCGUUUUACCAUUGACUUAAAUCAAGUUGGGAGACUGUUAGCUCUCCUGAGUUAACUCCCACCAUUCCUGGCUAUUGCCCAUGCUUUCUGGGGCUAAUGGGAGUUGUAGUACAGCAGCAUCUGGGCAUGGGAAAGGUUCUAAGAAAAUACUCCACUGAAACCAGCGCCUUUUUAUACCAGUGUGUCAGUAGUGAAACUUAUCCACACUUAAUCUCUUACACAGCAUGGUCUGUUUCAACACUUUUCAACAAACUUUAAUCCCAACUCACCAAUGUGCCUGGACUACCUUUCACUCCUCUGUUGCUAAUGGCCUUGUCUUCCACAGCGGUCCUCAGGCGUUCAUGACGCAGGGUUGGGGUGGCACCUAUCCGACGUGGCAGCAGCCUGGGCAGCAGGUUCCAAGUAAGUGUAUUGUAAUUGUAGAGAUUGCAGGGGGACGGGUGCAAGGAUCGCCCACGUUUAAGUUGAUUGGGCUCAGCUGUGGGGGAUCUUUUACUCUCCAUAUGUCACUGGGCUACAUCUCCCAUUUACCAUUGGCUAUGCUGAUGGGAGUCAUGGUCCAGUAGUAUAUGGAGGGCUACAGGCUGCCCACCCUGGGACUCUUAAAGGAAGCAUGACUUCACACAUACAAUAUCUGGAGUUCCCUGUCAUGCGGCAGCCCAGUUAUCUACUAGCACUUUAGCUAAACUUUGGCUAAGCAGGUGCAUAUGGGAACUUGUAAAAAUCACAGGCACUUCAUUCCUUCCCCCUCUCCCUCCGGUCAUCCUGCUUGCCACACAACUCACACCAAAGCUAUGGUUUAGCUUAACCCUAUGUCCAGAUCUAGGCUCUUGGUUUGUCUGGAGCAAGACAAACCAUGAGCUCAGGUUUGCAUGUUAGGCAUAUCUGUAGCAGCCUAUUAACUUGGGCUUCCCACUCUCCCCACCCUAAUAAUUCCAUUGUCUUUAAGAUUGAGACUGAAUCGUGCUCAGAGCUCUGCUCAUCAGAACUAACAAGUACCUGCUUCUUUCCCCUUCUGCCUCUGAGCAGAGGGGACACCUUCUCCUCCCCACAGCCCUCUCCCACAUGUCCUCUAGAUUUUAAUUUCCCCACCUUCAGUAAAUUAGGUGGGGUGAAAACACUUUGCCAUGGAACACGGUGUCCCAUCAACCUUGCUGCAGACUCUAUGUCGUUCUCCUUGGAAGAGAAUGCUUUGGUCAAGUCCUUUUUAACUGCCCUCAACACUCUUCAAGUUAGGACUUUGCUUACCUGCACAUCACUGUCCUCCUCUUCCCCCGCCACACAACCACCCUGCUUCAAAAACUUCCCAUUGCAACAGGAUGUGUGUGGCGUAGUUAGGUGGUCAGAAGGUGCUGUUAGUUUUUAUUGCCCCGUUUCCAUUAAAAAUCAUGAAUGCCAGCUCUUUAGAGGGAAGCCUUCUCCAUAAACACUGUUCUGGGCAUGUCUCCUGACUGGUAGUCAGGUUGCAGCUCAGCAUUUGAGCUUAUCAUUUGCAUGCAAAAGGUCCCAAGUUCAAUCUCCAGGUGAGUCUAGGAAAUAUGCUUGUCUGAAAUUCCAGAGAGCCACUGCCAGUCAGAGUACACAAUGCUGCUCUAGAUGAACCAGUGGCCAGACAUUAACAGCCAGCUUCCUUUGCUCCUGUUUAAUUCAGCCCUUUAUUCAGAACUAUGAAGGUCUUGUUUUAGAGGAAGGUUCAUAAUUCAGUGGUUAAAGUAGAUAGCUUUAUGCUCUGUGAAUUUGUCUAAUCCCCCUUCAGAGCCAUCCAGGCUGGAUGCUUAGCUAUGGUAUAGCUUAGCAUUACUAGCAAACUAGGGCAGGUUGUGGUAGAGAACUCCUGGUAUUAUAUGCUUGGAAGAAGUACACUCUCCACCAUGAGCUACUUUGGGAGCCUACUUGCCUAUCACGCAGGGCUAGUGUUGUGUGUGUUGUGUUGUGUUAUUAUUAUUAUUAUUAUUAUUUAAUAUUUAUUGAAUUUAUAUACCACCCUAUACUUGGAGGUCUCAGGGUGGUUCACAGAAUAAAAUCAAAAUAUAAAACCGCAAAAUACAUAAUCAAAAUAAAAACAACAACCCAAUAACACCCCCAAAGUGCAAGAAGCACUGUUCUCUGCACCUCCCACCCAUUAUUCUUUCUUCUACUUUUUUUCUCUCUCCACGGUGUCUUGUACAGGUCAACAGAGCCAACAGCAGAACAGCCAACCAGACUACAGCAAGGCGUGGGAGGACUAUUACAAGAAACAGAGUGAGUGAAAAUGAGUUUGGGGGUGUGUGUUGCAGUAAUUAAGAGUGUUGAACUAGGACCUGGGAGAGACCAGGGUUCAAAUCCCCAUUUGGCCAUGAAACUCACUAGGUGACUAUGGGUCAGUCGCUACCUCUCAGCCUAGCCUUCCUCACAGGGUUACAGGUUACAGGGACAGGUGGGCUGUUGUUAUUACUAGUUUACCCAUCCUUCACUCUAAGGUCCCAGGGUGGGUUACAAGAAUUAAAACACAAAAUUAAAAGCACUUUAAAGCAACUUGCCACUACAGAAAUAAGCUGGAUUCCAAAAAUAUACAUCUCAAGUGUCAAAACCCAGGAUGAAGAAGUACAUCCACAACAUUCUUGUUGGCACCCAGUCUACCUCAGAAGACAAUGAAAGAGUGCUCCUUUGGGGGUGAAGUCAAACUGUUGGAGAGUUACAGCUCCUUCUGUGGCUGUAGAAACAGAAACGGAAGAAAAAUGUUUUGUUGCAGCUGGGGCGAAUGAAUGUCUCUGGUUGUGCUGCUGCAGAUGCACCAUGGCGUUUCUUCUCUCUACACUCUUCCCAGUGCUCAAUCUUCCUCUGGUCACUGCUACUGAUGUAUGACCUGACUGUCUCUAGGCACUGUGGUUGUCUGCAAGGGAUUACCACAUGGCAGGGUUGAUGUUGUCAGCCUUCAGUUCACAUUUGCAGACAUCUUUGUAACACAGAGUUGGUCUGCCAAUAGACCUAGUGCCUGACACCAGCUCCUUGUAGAACACGUCCUUUGGGAGCCUGCCUGGAAGAGCACAUAUUCUUUUGAGACUCUGUUGGACAUGUGAUCCCCAAAACCUCCCUGAUGUAGUGCAUGUGGAAGGCAUUGAAGCUACACUUCUGGCAGGUGUAAGCUGCCCAUGUCUCACUACCAUAAAGCUCAAUAUGUAAGCUUGGUGGACCUUCAUCUUGGUAUUGGACAUUAGCAUCAUAUUCUCCCAUAUCCCUUUGGAGAGGCAAGCCAUUGCUGUAGCUGCCUUGCCAAUACACUUGUCUAGCUCAGCAUCAAUGAAGAGGUUGCUGGUUAUGGUGGAGCCCAGGUAGACAAAACCAUCUACCACCUCAAGCGUGUGGUCACCAGUGCUGAUGACAUCCUGACCCAAAAUGUUGGUGUUCACUAGACUGAUGGUGAGGCUGAACUCCCUGCAGACUCAGGCAAAAUGGUAGAUGGUUUCUGUAGUUUCCUCAAGAGUGCACUGUCAAGGCUGCAUCAUCUGCAAACAACAUCUCGGAUGAGGACCCGCAACACUUUUGUCUUGGUGCAGAGACUUGCCAGGGUGAACAAACCCCCAUUGCUCCUUGAGUGGAUGUACACACCGUCUGCAGUUGAACUGAACUCAUGUGAGAGUAACAAGAAGAAGAAUAUGUCAAAGGGAGAUGGGGUUGAGAGCACAGCCCUUUUUCAAACCACUCUUUAUAGGGAAGUCACUGGAGGAUGAGCUGGAUUUCUGGACGGUGCUAUACCUGUUCUUUGUGGAAGGACACAGUGAUCUUGUGCAGGUUAUGUGGACAUCCUGUCUUGUUAAGCUAUGUGAAGAGUCUCUUUGGUUGACUAGGUCAAAGGCCUUCAUCAGGUCUAUGAAUGCAAUGUGUAAGGGGUUUCUCUGCUCUCAUCAUUUCUCUUGCAACCAGUCUUAGCAACCAAGAAAGAAUCUGUAGAGUAUGGAGGUAAUCUUCCAGGUAUUUGGGGCCUGAGUCAUAGUGGAUUAAACCUAGCACCUUCUGUAUUGCAAAACAGAUGCUCUACCACAGUGUUGUAGCCUUUCUCCUAAAAAUAAAGAUUCUAGUCCUCGUGAGUCUGAUUUAAGUAGGAAUAUAAGAAGCGGAUGUUCUCUGAGUCAGACACUGUCAGUAGCUCUCCAAGGUUCUGGGCUGAGGACAUGCUCACUGUGCAUGUUUGGGAUCUUAACCCUGGGGGUUGUUGGGGGGAUACUAAUCAUAAUUAAAGGAUGCCUGCCCUGGGUCCUGUAUUUGGAAAGGGGCGGGAUCAGGGUUUGGUGGGUGCAUUUGAGUAUUUUCUUACUUGCUUCCGCUGACGUUUGACUCUUUGUUGUUCUUUCUCCACCUCCUAUCCCUCCAGGUCACGCUGCCACUGCUGUGUCUCAAGCCAGCUCCCAGCCUGACUACACGAUGGCCUGGGCAGAGUAUUACAGACAGCAGGCUGCUUAUUAUGGGCAGACAUUAGGGCAAGGCCAGGCCCACAACCAGGUGGGUCUCGCUUCUCUCUGCUGUAUCUACACCCUUCUUCCUGAUAGCUGUUUCCUUGCAUAGUUUAGUCAUGAAAUAAUUUUGCAGAAACAACCAGCCCUGUGUAUCUUACAAGAUCACUUGUGACAUAUCAGCAACUGCCUGCUCCCAAAGAAUCACCUCCCAGUUUUUGAAACAUUUUCUGGAAGGGGUGACUGCUUUCCAAACCUAGUUUACCAAAGUUUAACUUCGUUUAAACUUGAAACUUAGGUCCCGUCCCCCCAUAACACUGGAACUCAUGGACAGCCAGUGAUGCUGAACAAUGGAAGGUUCAGGACAGAUGAAAGGAAAGGACUUCUUCACACAGGGCAUAGUGAAACUGUGGAACUCACUCCCACAGGGGGCAGUGAUGGUCACCAAACUGGAUGGUUUUAAAAGAGGAUUGGGCAAAUUCAUGGAGGAGAGGGGCUAUCGAUGGCUACUUGCCAUGAUGGCUAUGCUCUGCCUCCACAGAAGCAGUGGCACUUCUGAAUACCAGUUUCUGGAAGCUGCAGGAGGAGAGAGGGCUUGUGCUCAAAUCCUGUUUCCCACGGGCAUCCUUGUGACCACUGUGAGAACCAGAAGCUAGACUAGAAGGACCGUUAGCCUCAUUCAGCUGGCUCUUCUUACGUGAAGUUUUCCAAACUUGACUUAGCCUCUUCUGGACCUGGUGAAAGCAAAGGCCAGAAUGUUAAUAGUGUAGCUUGUGUUUCCAAGUAAUGGGCUCCCUGCUGGCAAGCAGCUGAUUUUCUGUUUUCCCAAAUUUUCUGAGAGCUGAGGUUUGUUUGCACUCCUCUUUUCUGAAUUGAAAUUGAAGUCACACUUUGCUCGUUCACUUUAGCUUUUUAAGGUGGUGUGAGGUAGCAUGGAAUACUUGAGAAUUGCCACCCCCUACAUUUCUGUGCAGAAGCCAGUGGUAGAUGUCUGCUAACUGGAGAAGAGGGGGUGCUCUUGCCCACUCCCCUGCCUUAUAGCCCCCACCCCAAGGGGCUGUAACUCAGUAGUAGAGCAUCUACUUUGAAUUUUUAUUUUAUUUUAUUUAUUUUAAUUUAAUUUAUAAACCACCCACUCUGUGCAGCUCACAGCAUAUGUUGAAACAUACUAAAGCAUCAAACAUUUAUAACUCCCCGUUACAGAGCUGUCUUCAGGUGUCUUCUGUAAAUCAGAUAGUUGGCUCUCAGAUAGUAUGUAGAAGUUCCCAGGUUCGAUGCCCACUGGCAUCUCCACGUAGGCCUGGGAGCUGCUGCCAUUCCCCCAAAAUAAUGACUCUUCCAGACAGAGGCAUCUUCCCACCUCUUGCAUGCAGCAGGGAAGCUGUUUCUCAGAUCAGGGAAGGGCGACCCUGUGGCCUUCUAACUGUUGCAAGACUCGUUCCCACCACACCUGAGCACCGACCAUGCUUACUGGAGCAGGUGGGAAUUGCAGCCCAACAACAUCUGGAAAUCCACACUGGUUAGCCACCUCUAAACUAGGUGUGCCUUCCCGGUCUGAUCCAGCAAGGUGGUUCUUGUGUUCUAAAAUGUUCUUGAAAGUUUUCUUUCUUAACAGUGGUUUUUCAUUUUGUCUCUCUCUUCCCUCCCCCCUUCUCCCCCUUUGCAGGAGCAGUAGAACAACAUCCUUGACUCUUCUUUGUUUGUUAUUUUCCCCUCCCUGCCCCCCCCCCUUUUCUCUCUCUUGCUCUCUCGGAAUCAUUGUGGAAACAAACCUUUUUGUAACAGAGGGUUUCUAGAUUUGCACCAUUUUGAUGAAGAAAUCUUGCUUUGGUUUUUUUGGUGAAACACUAGUUGUUAGGAUAAUCUACACUGAACUUUUUUCUAAGAAUCAGGAACAAUUAGUAAUGUACUUAACUUUAUGGACUUUGCUGGGUAAUCUGUUUGGGGGGAAAUGUUAAUUAUUUUGGGGAGGCUUUUUUGUUUGUUUUCCAAAUUUAUAAGGAAAAGAAGAGAGAGAGUAAGAAAAUAAGUGAAACUCCAGGGUCCUUUUUUGGGGGUUGGGGGGAGAAGCCAGAGAAUAACCAUCAUCGAAUCUUACCCCAGAGCUGUGACAUUUCAACAAGUGUUUUUAGUCCCCGUCCCGCCACCUCUUAUUGCGUGUAUUCCACCCCCCUUUCUUCCACCUUGUUUAAAUCUUUUCUGUUGUAACAAAAAAGGCUUGGAAGUCUUAGGUGAUAUGUAACAAAUUAAAAAAAAGAAAGAAAUUUUUGAAAAACAGUAUUUAAAUAUUCUUAAAUAUGUAAAUUCAUUAAAUAUAUGACUUCUAAUUUCUUGUAUCUUGGCUCUUUUUUAUUUUAUUGCAUUUUUAAGAAAAGAAAGAAAAGAAACUGAACUAUGGUAUGUUAUUGUAAUUAAUUGUGUGAAUUCUUUUAUCAAGACAGUUACUGUUUGCUGUCAGGCUGGUUAUCAAGGGGGGAAUUUUUGUAGGGGGGGCUGUAUAAUUUUUAGAGAUCUAAAGGGGUAAUAUAAAAAGAUGUGUUUAAUUUUUUUUUAGCAAUUUUAUUCUGCUUUCCAUGUUCUCCAUUUUCUGGUUGCAUCUGCGUAUCUAAGACCUCCAAGCUUUGUCUAAAACAAAAAAACACACAAAAACAAAAUACUUUUUGUCUAUUUCAGAAAUAAAUACUCUUAUUUUUAAUAUUAAGAUAAAACUGCUAUUAUUAGUACUUUUAACAAACACUGUGGAACAUUAAGUCAUAUAAAAUAGUAGUAACUAUUUUUUAAUUCCAGGGUGUGUGUGUGUGUUUGCUUUCCCCCACCCCUCAAUUUUUUUUUGUUCGUUUAUAAGUAUUUUCUUAUCUUAAUAUUUGUCGAAAUUUUACCUAGAGAAAUAAUUAAAAAAAAAAUCUAGUAUUAACCCCAGGUAUGCCGCUGAAUACUUUUUUGAUUUAAUAAAAGGGAUAUUAUGGUUUCCAAUGUUUACUUGUAGUGUUUUCUUGUACAGAUAACAGUGUAUUUUUAAAGGAGAAAAAAAUAAUAAUAACGGGAAGUAAAGCUAUUUUUUCUUGACAUUUUUAAUUGACCUGCGGGACAUUCCGUUUUGAACUGUACUGAAGUUAUUGUUCUAGGAUCCUUCCCCCUCCCUGAUUUCUUUAUAAUGCUUGAAAUGUCUAACUAUAGGUAAAUGCAAUUGGAUAAUAUUGAGCAUGAUGUGUUUUAAACAAAUGAAAAAUUGUUCUUUUUAUUUGACUGACAGUUGCAUUUUACACUCUCUCUAUAAUAAAGCAAAUCCACAAGGAAACUUGUGGGUUAAGUAUUAAAAGUCUGUUUUUUAUCACUGCUCCAUUACCUG